GCCGUAUCCUUCCGCAUGGCUGGAGCAAAGGGGAACGCCUCCCUCCGGAGGGGAGAGAGAGAAAGAAAGGAAGGCAAGGCAGGAGAGGGAAGAAAAGAGAACCCCGCGCGCUCUCGCGGCGCACGCACGGGCCGCUGGCAAGCGCGGCGUGGAGCGAAGCGGCUGGGGGGGGGCGCGCACGAGAGAGAGAGAGGGGGCGGGAGGCCGUCGUGUGCGCUCCAGCAGUCCGGGGGCUUCCUCUGUCACAGGAAGGCGGCUGGCUGGCUGAGGGGAAGCCUCCUUUGGCUGUAGUAUUUCUCCUCCCUCCUCGGCCCCGUGGAAUGAGCUCCAGCCUCGGUUUUUUCUCGCCUCCGCUGUUGUUGUUGUUGUUGUGGCAGGAAGUGGGGAAUGUUUUCGCUCUGAGAGGAGCAGAGAGGUGCAGGCGGCUCUUCUCUUCCAGGGAAAGGGGACCCGAGAAGCCUUGCUGACCUUUCCACUCCCCUCAAAAAAAAGAAAAGGAAUACCCAUGAAAUGGUUUCAGCCGGAUUGCUCUCCAAACUGCGCCUGGAUGGUUGCAGUUAAAAGUCCGCUGUCCUUGAAUUGCUGCAACAGGUAAAGGGGGCGGGGCGGGGGGGGGAUGCGGGGAUGCUGUUUUUGUUUUUUAAAAGAGUUGUUACACAUUUCUAGCGCCGGGUUUCAGGAUCUUCGCCGCUUUUUCUUGAAUCGCCCUUCUGAAGGCGGCAGUGCGAAAUGAAGCCCCCAGCGAGCGGAUCGGUGCCCUCGGCAUCCUUUUUGGGGAUGGUGUUCAGAGCAAAACUUGGUUAAGAUCGGGCUGCGAAGUAGAUCGCGGCGCCCUCUCGAAAGGAUAAAGGACGAGUGCCAAGGAGUCUCGUAUCUCGGUGUCCUUGUUCAUUUCUGUAUGUCUUAAUUGAAACCCUUCUUUAAAACGUAAACGCACCCCCCCCCCCGUUUUCUGCAACGCUCCCUUAAUAAAGAAUCGCAGCCAGAUGGGCGGGGUAUUAAUAAUAAUAAUAUCACGAGGCUUCCUUCAUUAGAAUUAUAAGACUAGAUGUAAGAAGUUAGAAGGAUAUUUUGCAAACAAAAUGAUUUGUUUUACCCUUAGUACAGCUGUCAGUGAAACGCUUGCUGUUAGUUCAGUUGUUAAAAGGAGGGAGUGUGGUGGAGAUGGUAGAGUUUCGUGCAUUAAUAGGGAAGGUAUUUUGUGGGUUGCUUGUACUUGGCUAGCAAAUGAAUAAACAAACUAGUUUUCAAUCCCAGAGCAACUUUCAUCCUAACACCCCCGCCCCCCAAUUUCCAAUAACAUUCACACUUCCAAAUGAUUUCAGGGGUUAAUUAAUAAAAUGAGGACAUAAUCUUGCUUUGUGGAUUUUCCCCUUUAAAAAUGAUUGAUGUAUAAUUAACCCAAAGGAAAAAACCCUUUUCCUUUCCGUGCACUCCAGUUUUAUUUUGGCCGUGUAUGGAGUUUCUGGGCAACUGGAGAGGAAAGUAGCAGAAGUUAAGCGGGGAAAUAUGAGUCUUUGAUAUUGAUAUUAAUACUUAAGUUAAAAGUGUAGGCUAAAUCAGAAUAUAACAUCUGAAGUGUUCCUAGACCUGCUAAAUAGGGAACAAUGAUUUCAACAUAUGGUUGAUUGGAUUUGCUAGUGUUGGCACUAAAGUGCUAUCCUCUUACUGAAUGCAAACUCCCUUAAUCGUGCAGAUAGACAUUAUUUUGAAACAGGCGUAUGUGGCAGCGGUGGCGGACGGGGGACGGACGACUAAUAUGACAGCAGCUGGUAGCAGAAAAUAACAGCUGCUAAACAAAGCUUGGUUGUGCUGUGUUUGCAAGAAUUGUGCUUGGCCAGCACGAAAACUUGUUGAAUAGGUUUGAAGCAUUAUUCUCCCCCAAGACAUUUUAUAAUUGCCUUUGCUGUAAAUGUAUUUAAGUGUAGCAAUGCUGCAUGUGCUUUCCCCUUGGAAAAUGAUUUACGGUAUAUAAAAAUGUAUGGGGAAAGUGUCCUGAAUUCUCAUUGGAGCAGCCUCAGGAAAUAUUCCCACCAUGUAUGAACAUGACUUAUAAAUUAUUGGGGGGUGGGGGAAGAAUUUAUGUUUGCUUAUGAAGUCAAAGCAAAUGUUAGAGCAAAUCUGAUGGACUUUGAACAUAAUGGGCACAAGGCAGCCUGAUCUCAUCCAGUUUUGCUUAGAAGUGAAUCCCACUAAUUUAACUGAAAACCAGGAGUUAAGCGUGCAUAAGAUUGAAGGUUUAGACUUUAAGCAUUGCUUCGUUCUUCCAUUGGAAUCAGUGCAAGCAAAAUUGCUUAACUUUUUGGAUUGUUCCAUGCAGAUUCCUAACGUUCACAAAUCUUUUUAUUAUUAUUAUUAUAAAGACCACCAAAGGUUUGCUAAAAUGUCAAAAUUCAGUACAGUAUAUGCCCUCUAACCUUGGAGUUUGCUCCUGCUUCUGAGCAGACAUGUAUAGAAUUGUAGUGCAGGUUGGUCAGUGCUGAGGCUGAGGAGACUAGUUUAAAAGUCAAACGUUUUGAAAGAGUGCUUCAUCUUUUAAAAUGUAGUUGUAACUGUUUAUCCCAUGGAUAAAGCACUACAGCUGUCUGCAAUGGAGAACUAAAUGAGAGCCUCCUCAGUAGACUUUAUAAGCAAGAAAUGGGUUGUAUUCUUCACAAAUAUUUCGAGAGAAUAAUCAGAGUGAAGCCUGAAACUCAUUAUUCUAGGAGAGUCAUAAAUAGAACUGCUGCAAAAUGCAUAAAGCUAUGGAUUGUAGUAUUAGUGGGGUAAGUAUUGUUUAUUCAUGAAUGAAUGAAGGUGCCAUUUCUAGUUGGCUUUGUAAUGCUUUCUUGUAUGUUUUCACAGUAAAGUGUGUUGGUUUGUGGAGGGGGAAGACUGUAUAUGUGGAAUCACUUUUUUUCAACCUCCAAGUCAUGAUGUCUAAGACCACACAGAAUUAACAUGAAGGAAGGUUCUGUUACAUUCUUGCGGCAUCCUUUAAACUUAGUAGUGAUCCUAUGCUUAGCGCCAGGUUUAUGUUAGGCUCUGUUUAGAACAGGCAUUAUUUCUGCACGGAAGAAGGCUUGCAAUCUGCACUAGGUACUGCUAGGAUGAUUUAGGAAAGCCUCUGCUAGAAUUUGGUUUUGAAAAGAGUUUAGAGCUGCCUCCCCCAAUACAAUUUUUCUGUAAAAAUAAAUAAAUCAACAUGUUUCAUUUUUCUUGGCAUGGAGAUGUAAAGUAACGAUGCAUGAUGAUACGCUGUGCCUGUUGCGUUUCUGCCUGUCACACAGCCAGUCUACCAGUUCUGGCAGCAGUUUAAAGGGGUUGAGGCAAUGUGAUAGGAUUGAAGUGGGUGGGAGAGGAACAGUGGAUGAGAGCAAAAGUGAGGGAACAGGAAGAGGUACAAACAGCCUAGCAAGUAAAUUAGCCAGAGGAGUUAUCACCAAUUGCAGUUCUGCUUGCCUGAACCCCUUUUCUCCUGAUUUUAUACAUCGUGCAUAACUCCUACUAUUUUAACAUGUGUUUAGUUUCAGCUGUGCAUUUGAAUGCUGUAGAAAAUAUGGAAUUGAUAUGGUACUUGCCCAAUAAAUUAAAAUAUACAUUAAUCUUGUAGUUUGCUAUUCCAUAAAUGUCUCUAAUUUCCAUAUAGAACAUGGUUGUUUUUUUAAAAAAAUACCAUUAGUUGCAAAACCCUUUUAUCUAUACAACAUAUACUUGUUACACCAACACAGAUUAGUAAAUCUUAAAGAGAGUUUGUGUAGUAGCUACAAAUGUGAGCUGAGAAAGUUCCCAAUUCCACCUAAUUAUCUAAGCCAUGUAUUUAUUGGGGAGGGAUAGAUAAGCCCUAUAUUCUCAGUCUCAACCUUCAUCUUCCCCACCUGUAAUAUGGGGCUAAUAAUAUUGGCUGAGCCAACAAGUUUGUUGUAAGGAUUCCUGAGAUCACGUAAGGCAGGCAUAGGCAAACUCAGCCCUCCAGAUGUUUUGGGACUACAACUCCCAUCAUCCCUAACCACUGGUCCUGUUAGCUAGGGAUGAUGGGAGUUGUCGUCUGAAAACAUCUGGAGGGCCGAGUUUGCCUGUGCUUGAUAUAAAGGCUCUGAGAGUUGAGGAAUUUUCUGUGUUGAAAAAAACAAGCUAUACUUUUUUUUCAGGCUAAGCUUGCCAAAUGUGAAUGGACAUUGUGAGCUAAACCCAUCUCUUUACGUAAACUCCUCUUUGCUUUCUCCCUCCGCAGAAUUUUCGUCAAUGCUUCUUUUGCUCAGAUCUUGGAGGAGGACCUGCCACUUUUUGAUGGCUGCUGCUGCAGCUGCCGGUUGAUCAUCUGGGGACUUCAUAGCUCCUGACUAUUCGUGGGAGGCAAGGCAUUCCUGGAAGGCUUUCGGUGACUUCUUGUGAAUGUGCUAGGGAAGAAAAUGCCUCUGCCUUUCGGGCUGAAGCUGAAACGAACUCGACGCUACACAGUGUCUAGCAAGAGCUGCUUGGUGGCCCGCAUCCAGUUGCUUAACAAUGAGUUUGUGGAAUUUACACUGUCGGUGGAGAGCACCGGGCAGGAAAGCCUGGAGGCCGUGGCACAGAGGCUGGAACUUCGAGAGGUAGGGAACGUGGUGGCAGGCUUGCAGGACUUUCCAUCCUGAGAUGGAGGCACCAUUCAGGGGUUCCUUUUCAGGGACAUAGGAAGCUGCCUUAUGCUUGGAGAGACUAUUUGCCUACGCUGGAAGGGAGCAGCUUUGCAGGGGAGUGGGUAGAGACCAAGCCAGACACACUGUUAGACAGAAUGAGGCAACUGCCUCAGGUAGCAGAUAUUGGGGGGCAGUUCCCUUCUUUGGAGGACAGAGCUGUGUGGGACAUAUGCACCCCCUAAACCGGCCAGCUGCCCUCAGUUGUAGGGGAGGAGCUAUUCAGUCACCAGUGCCAAAGUCAGAUUCAGCUGCCAGUCUAGCUGGCUUCUGUUCCUAGUAUGGAGGCAACGGCAGGACUCCAUCUUGCCUUUAACCUCAGGCGGCUAAAUGUCUUGGGCAGGCCUUACCUUUCCCAUUACAUAUUCUUUUUAACUGGAGAUGCCAGGGUUUGGGUUUGGGUCAGGACUUGGAACCAGGGAUUGAACUUGGGAUCUUAGCAUUCAAAGCAGUUCUGUUCCUUCCUGUGAACAUGUCACACCAUGCAGUCCUCUUUGUCAGCAUGUACAUGCACAGAAACAGGCUUGUGCAAAUGAGAGAUAAAUUCCACAGGUAUAUCGAUGUUGAAUCUGUGUUGCAGCCAAAACAACACAGUCUUGUGGCGCCUUGAAGACUAACAAAAACAUUUAGGCACAGAGAUUUCUGGAUAAGAUCCUGCUUCCUCAGAAGCAGAAAGUGGUCACCUAAAAGGUGAAGAUAAAUCAAAAAUAAAAAUUUUUAAAUUUCUGUUGGAAUUUAUAUAUCACUUUGCUACUUCACUCACCCUCAAAGCAGCUACAUUCAACAUGCAAAUAAAAAUAUGAUGUAAUGAUCAGUGUAAGCUGCUUUGAACUUUUUUUUAAUGUUGUGUGGGAUAAAAGUAUAAUAAAAGACACAUUGCCUUCUCCAAUACUGCUCAGCCCCUGAAAUCUCGUUAAAAACAUGCUGCUAAUUUCUGCUGCAUUCUGUACUUUAGAAGGCAAAGACUUUUGGUUACUCCAUCCUGGCUUGUUGUAAAAACAGCGUGUAUGUGCAAAACAAUGGCAGGAACUCUUUCUGCGCUUGGAGCUCUUGCCUUUCUAUGUCCACUAAAUUGGAAGAGUCCUGAAGAUACAUGAAAAUAGGAAAUGGCCCUGAGUCAGACCACUGGUCUGUCUAGCCCCUGUCUCUGGCUGGCGGGAGCACUCCAAGAUCUCUCCCAGCCUUGUUACCUGAGAUCCCUAUGGCACGGAUGGGGUGGCCCUCCAGAUGUUGAACUCCAGCUCCCAUCAUCCUGCAUCAACAAGUCAUGCCAAAUGGAGGAGGCAAAGGAAGCAGCAGCAAUGUGCUUCAUUUGGAUCACAAAGUUGCAGGGUCCAACUUUUCAAAGUGCCAAACUGGAGUUACCUUGGUGCGGCGUGCUCUGUUUUGAACUGUGUGUGCACGUGGAUCAGUCCCGUUCUCUGUAACGAAGCAAACGCUUGCACAUUGCUCCACGUGGGGCACGGGGCAUGCUUUUUCUUCCUUCAUAUCUCUCACAAAGUGGCCCUCACUGUGUGCAGCGAAAGUGGAGUUCAAGAUGAGUCAGCUCAAGGCGUCCGGUUGUUGACGGAGAUUUUGCAUGCCUGCGAGCAAGCAUCUUGCCUGCACGUAUAUUUCCUCAUGGACUUACAUUAGCACUGUUGACCCCUUAAGUUUUUCUUCCAUUUAUUUUCCAUUUUAUAAGUGUGGUGAGAGAGAGGAAAGGGUGCCAGAGAAAUAAAGAAAAGCAGGUCCCCACCCACUUUUGGCUCCUGUCCUGUCAACACCUGUUGCAGCUCUGCCAACCACUGCUAUGUGGCAUUCAGCAGAUUGUGCGCAAGGAAAUGUUACCCUGCUCUAACCACUACCCCACAGAUAUUUUUCCCUAUCUGAUCUGUGCUUCUGGUAUCUAGGACAGAGUCAGAAUUACGAGGGAUGGCAGCAGUGGCAUAGCUAGUGUUGCUGAGUGAAGGGUCUGGCCUGCUUUGAAUGUAUCUGAGUAGAGAUGGCUGUUGCGGCAAAGUUAAGAGAAUAUCAUUUAUGCUUGAACUGUUAGCGGUAGAUCCUGCCCUUGCUAAGGAACCUCUUCUGGCACUGACCAGUGCAUGCACCCCUUGUGGAGGACACUCCAGUUACCUGAUCCUCUUUUCCAUUUUAAUUUGGGUUCUGAAAUAUUUUGGGAAAUGGCAGGAACUCCAUGAAGUGAGGUUAGUAAAUCAGAUCUAGGGAGUGCAAACUAGACUGCUGAAUUUGAGCAGGCUUCCUCACGCUUUCCAGAACAUAUCGUUGUUCAGAUUAUUUUGACAAAUAAAUACUUGUGCAGCAAAAAAAAGGAAGCAGAGCGAUGAUGGAAUGGGAUGGGAUAGGAAAGGAAAGGAAACAGAGAUAAGGUAGAGAACAGCUCUCACUAAGUGUGAAAAUAAUAUUCUUGGCAAACUGAAAACAUGUUGUUUUGCUUCCAGUGCUGUUAAUUUUUUUUUAUCUGAAACGUUGAGGCAGUUAUGUCCACUUUAAAUAUUACAUAAUUUUGGAAGACUGUUUACCACAUUCCAGGUGUGGGUUGCUUCUGAGGCAACCACCUCAGGCCUGUAUUUUCAGCCAUAAAGCCACCAGAGGUCUUGCCUGUAAUUUUUUUAUUCCAUUUUUAUCCCAGCCUUUCUCCAAGGAUCCUGGGAAGGUAUAUAUUUUAUAACCUUUUUGAGUCCACGGCUCGCUUAAUCAACUUCAUUCUUUCUGCAGAAUCCCUGUGGGGCUCAGGAGCCCCUGCCUGCAGAGCUGGCAGCCUCUCACCCUUUUCUGAACACCCUCUCUUGUGGAGUGUUCCCUCAGCCUCCUUUCCUCUCCCCUCUCCUUGGGAGUCCUCCAGUCAGUUGCUGCUGCUGCCAUCCCUUGUCUCUAAGCGUCACAACUUAAUUUGAACCCAGGUCUUCUUGGGGGCCUACUCCAACAGUCUAAUCCAGGGCUGGGGAAUUUACGUCCCUCCAGAUGUUGAUGGACUACAGCUUCCUUCAUCCCUGACAACUGGCCUUGCUUAUUUGAGCUGAUGGGAAUUGGAGGCCAACAACAUCUGGUUCCCCUGCCCUAACCACUAUACCACACAGUGAUUACAGCAACAAGUCUCUGACCUUGCCUCCUUUGUUCUUUGCUGUCUGUAAGGCAUCCUUGAGUUAUCUUUGUAGCAAGAUGAGUCCACAUGGGCCAUGGUAGCUUCUCCGGUAAUGUCCUCCUUUCUGGGACGGACAGUACUAUUGCUGGGAGGGCCUCCACAGGAACUUCUACCGUGAUGCAAAGAAGUAUUUUGCAUCGUCUCCCAUGCUGAGAAGACAACCUAAGGAGAAAUAAAUGGGGGGUUAAAAUUCACUGAAUGGGGCACCGACACCAAGAGGCAGGGAACAAGAGUUGCCAGAGCAAGUUGACGUUGGAGCUAAGAGAAAAGAGCAAGGAAAGUGCAGGAGGGGAGAAUGAGGGCAGUAGGGCAGGAGGAUGGAGCAGGGAGCUUGAGGAAGCAAGCCAGGGCAGUAACAGGAAGCAACCGAGAUUAGAGACUGAGCCAGAAGGCGGCAGAUAUCCCUGGGGCUUAUUGCACAAGCAUUUAGUCCGGUAGGCUGGCACAAAAUUUAGAAUCCAUUCAACUUCCAGGGUGUUAAAAGGAAAAUGCAAUGGUCUAGUGCAGGGGAUAGGCAACAUGGUGUCCUCCAGAUGUUGUUGGACUACAGCUCCCAUCAGCCUUAGCCAGUGUGGCCAGUGGUCAGGCAUGAUGGGAAUUGUAAUUCAUCAACAUCUGGAAGGCCACCAUGCUAGCUGCCCCUGGUCUAGUCCUUAUGGUUUUGGAGAAUAGUUUAGUCAUUACUUGCAGAAGGCUUAGGAGAGGAUGAAACAUGGAAUAGUUUCUCUUAACAGUCUGUCCUUUUCUGCCUCUUUCUCUUCUACAACUGCUGUACCACUUUGCCAUCUAACCAAAGUCACACCACUCCUCAGUUGUUCUUUCUCCAUCAGUGAAACCUGCAUAUGUUAUGUAAAAUAAUAUGUGCCUGUUCAUCUGACGUAAUUCAGCCCUGAAGGUUGUGUUUCUAUGCAAUAGAUUUUUUUAAAAAUGCCACAUGUCACCUUAUAUAUGUUGAAAGCUUUGCUUUUGGUCCAGUCUCCCUCCCCCCCUCCACUUUUAAAAAUUAUUGUGCACUGUAAACAUGAUGGAAAAAGCUAGUUUCCUAAAGCAGGGUAGGCUAAGGCACAUGUAUUGUGCUAUUUGCAGAAUGUGAAUUGCAGGGAAUGUAAAUACAAUCUGGUUUUGACACACCCUGGCUAAGAGGCCAAGUGGUAAAUGCGCCUUCAUUAAAUUCCAGGAGUCAGUGUGGGCAGAGUACAGAGAUGAUUGAAUGGAGCACAAGCAAAUUUUGCUAACGUAGUGUGUUCAAGAGACUGAACACUCCCUGCAAAAAUGCAUCCAAAAGCCUUUUAUACUCAGUGUCGAACUAUAGACAGGACGCCAAGUUCCAUGUUUCUUUUUAAUUCUCUCUCUCUUUUUAUAGAUAAAAAGCUGCCCUGGAAGAUUGUGAUCAGGAGUAGAGGAGGCAACGGGCUGCACAACCCCUUCCUCUUCUAACAUUAUUUGGGCCACUGCCACAAAGAUUUUCUUCCCUCAAGAGUGAAGAUACAUGCCCAUUUUGCACAUGGUGUCAAGCUAUAAAUUAGCAUUAUGUGCAUAAGCAGCAGUGAGCCUCAGCUUGGUGUACAUCCUGCUCUCUGGUCUGUCUUCUUUACUCCUUUGGUGAAGCUGUGAAAAGAUUGGCUCUUCAGAUAACUAACUUUGAACUGAGGGAGAACUCUAGUUUAAACACAGGCAAGCCUGGGUCAAACCGUGGUUUAUUAUCCUGGCCUAUCAAGCUACAGUUGAAACUAACAAUGAUUUCCUUCUUUUCUAACACAACAGGGAACUCUAGUUAUUUUAUAAGUGGAUACUUCCAAUUUCUUUGUUGUUACAGCAGAAGAAGAGAGUAUGUUCAGGGGAGUAUGUGAGCUUGAUUCUUCAUGUUGCUUAUGCACACAACAAUAAGUUAUGGUCUACAUCCAAAACAGCCCCCAUUUCCCCAUAUUUCUACCCCAAAGGGAUAUGAAGACAGCACAGGGGCAAUAUUUAAUGGAAAAGUGGCCGAAGGGGAAAGGGUUAAGCAAUACCUCAUUUUCUGCUAUUGCGUUUCUGAUCACAGCCUUGCAAGGCUAUGUUCCCCAUCCCCUCAUUUUAGAAAAAAGACAUUACAUUGAGUAAAAAAGAGACAUAGUUAUGUGAAAUGCCUAGCAUGGCCCUUUUGUGCUAAGCAUCAGGCCACAAAACCAGGAGACCUUGGGCUGCAGCUGAGGCCUAGCAAAGUGAGCCACUGAGGGUGAUUUGUUCUCAGACUUGAGAGUUCUCUUGAGGAACAGAAGAUAAGAGGGAUAGCCACCAACUUACCACAGGUGAAAAUGGUGCACAGGAUGGUGAAACUAAAAGUGAAGUCCAGCACCCUAGCUGUAUGACCUGGUUGACCGUGGCAAGACCAACACGAUCCAAACUUGAGCAUCUUUGUCACCAGAAACAGGAAAUGAAAAGUAUGUGCAAGCAGAUGGCCCCAGAUGCAAAUUUUCAGUCUCUUUAGAUUCUGGUGUCUGGAAAUUUGCAGAUACUCUCACAAAUCUUGCCUCCCUAGAGAAAUGUCUCAUUUGUCUGAUGGGCUGGUGCUAAUUAAAAGAUAAUCUUUUAGAACAUGCAUCUGCCACAUAGCUAAUUAGGUAAUAAGUCAGUGUGAGUGUGAUUGCUACAUCAAACACUAUUGCAUCGUGGAUUUAUGGCAUAGGCUAUGAUCCACACACUAAUUAAAAAGACUUGGACGGAAGCCUGUUCCACUUGGAAUAAAAUUGGCUCCAACGUAAGUAUUGUGACCAGACCUGUUUGUGAAUUGCUCAUUCGCGUUAAAAGGUGACAAAACUGAUCUCCAUUUCAAAGCUGUAGGAUUGCUCACAAGGACCGUGUCUCUGCUUCAGGCAAAGUCUGAAUCCAGAACUAAAAUGGGUUGCUUAGGAAAAAUUCAGACUUUGUCUUAACAUUAACAAGCAUCAAUGUUAUGAUAGUAAUAGUAAUAAUAAUUUAUUAUUUAGGCCCCACCCAUCCAGGUGGGUUUCCCCAGCCACUCUGGGCAGCUCCCAACAGAAUAUUAAAAAUGCGAUAAAACAUCAAGCAUUAAAAGCUUCCCUAAACAGGACUGCCUUCGAUGAUGUCUUCUAAAAGUCAGAUAGUUGUUUAUUUCCUUGACAUCUGAUGGGAGGGCGUUCCACAUGCAGUCAUCACUUAAUUGUGUAGGGCAAAUAACUUAAAUAAGCAAAGAAACAUUUCCAUGAAGAAUACUACCACGUAAAUCAACCAGUUCCUUCUGAAGGUGAAUGGAAGAAAUUGUCUAUGUUCUGUAUUUCUACUGUAGGUUAGAAACUUAUGCCGAAUUGUGGGGGGAAACAAUCUCACUUUGACCUCAUAAAACGCUUAGCUUAUAAGUUAUUUCCCCUCAAAAAAGGCUGUUUACCAUACCCUAGCAUUCCUCUAAAACUGGGCUGUAGUCACCUGUGCUUCUGCAGGCAGGUGAAUUAUUAACUCUUUAAAGUACAAACCCAUAUCUUCUUCCUCAAACAAAUUUAGGAGAGCUACCCAAGCAGUAGGCAUAGCGUGGUGAUCUGUUAUCGCACCAAUUUCUUGAAAACUAUCAUUGGACUUUGGACAAAUCCCACUUUGACGAUGAGUAGUGGAAACCUGGCAGUCCCUCCAGCACCUUGGUGGGGAUGAGGGAACCGCAUAAGGCAACUUGCAUGGUGCUGAGCACCAUUUAUGCACUCAUUUUAACCACAAUUUCCCAUCUCUCGCUGGGAUACAGUGGAGGGGGUGUUUGUUCCACAUAUCUUGUUCAACCUUGUAACGUAGGCUGAGCUCUUUUCCUUGUAUUAUUCUGAGACCAUCUGGACUCAGAUUUUAAGAGAAGUUGGUAAAGUUUCAAAACCAGUCCCUUCGUGCAUCUAUCACUAUAUUUCACUAUUUCCCCCCCUCCCCCAAAUCCAGGAGUUGUCUGGUAGCAGUUUCUCACAUAGCCCUUUUGUUCAAUAGAAGUGGAAAGCUGGACUCAGAACAGUCAGGAUAAUUGGAAAUCUCUUCUGCCAGAAUGGGGACCACGUUUUCAAAAAGUUGCAAAGGUGACAUAGGACUUUAUUGAGAGAUAAUCACUAGUCUGGCCUGCUGAAUUUAGAGCUGCUUGUAGGUGCUAUGAGGGGCGUCUUUCUUGACUGCCAUUGCUAAACCGCCCUCUGCAUCUGAGACAGCUUGAGUCAAUCAGUCCCGGGCAUCUGGUGUUUUGGAUUACUGUUACGAAGUAAUCUGCUGCAAGAUUUUCAGCUGUCUGGGUAGUAUAAAAGUGUCUUCACCGGAUUCGGCAACAAUUCAUGUUCUCAGUUUCAAGGAAGAGAGAUCUAAUAAUUUUGCGUUUUACUUCUCAUCAAAGUUCUUUGGACUAUGUGAAUACUAAAUUUCAUGGUUUUGAGUCAUAUGCUCAUAGUUUUGGUACCUAUUGGUGUGCCUAGGUAAUUUUGAAAUCUGAAUUUAGCAUUUACUGAUGUGUGCUCUUUAGAUGGUUAUGUUGUGUUGGUCUCGUAUCAAUUUAUUUAUCGCAUCUAUUACACAUACCCUGGUGCAUCCAUAUCACAAGCGCUGGAGGUUGUGGCAUGGUAUACAAGACAGUGUGAGCUUCCAUAGCCUUGAUACCCCAUGAUGCAUGGACCAUCCUAGAUGGGGGGGUUGUUUCCAGUGUUCAGCAGAGCAGGCCCAUUGAAAUCAAUGGAUAUGUCAAGGUCCAAUAACGUCAGUGGUUCUACUCUGAAUGGAACUUACUUAAAUGCCACCCUCGGUUAGGAUAUAAACACUUGCCUAAAUCCCGUUGAAAUUAAGUGAAGUUCAUGUUUCCUUUGGUGUGUCCUGGCAGUUGGCUAGAGAGACCAGAGAUAAUUAUUCUGCUAUUAUAUCAGCUGGGGAAGUCCCAUAUGCAAUGUAUUUGCAUGACGAAUAUUCAGAACUUUAUAAUGUUCUCUUUGGAGUACUGGCCCAAGUCAGUCUUGCCUAGUUUUAAAAAAAUACUGUUCUUUUGAGGGAAAUCUUUCUUUGCCCCUGCAGCUCAGAUUUCCUUACUUCGGUGUUCUGUUCCCCACAUAUAUUUUGUAUUAGUUACAGGGUUGAGUGCUACCCUUCCUCCCCACCUUUUCAGAUGUUCCAUGCACAUUCAAUAAUAUUGCUGUUUCUUGUACAUCUAACAAAGAGGGCAAUUAGCUGGAACAUAACUGUGUAGAAAAUCCACGGUCCUUUCUGUCUAGGGUUGAUUUACUGCCCGGAGGUUGAAUGAUGAGUAAGUUGCUAAAAUAAAUAAACCUUGCAACAGUGUUAAUCUCAGAAGCUUAACAUAUUUCAAGAGUUAUGUCAUGUCGUUUCUGCAGGGCUAGGUAAUCUCUUGUGCUAUGGAUAGCUUUAGCCGUGAUUACAAAGUGAUUCGCUUUUAGCCCAUUCAGCAUCAGUGCUCCAGGAUGCCUGAACGCCACCAAGAGCUUGCGAAACUGAAAUAUACCUUUGCAGCCGUGCGUGUGAGCUGGAAACAGCACAUUUUAUCCCAAUUCUACGGGGAAUCGCUUCUCCCAUCUCAGGAGCUCUAGAACUGAAACACUAGAACUUUCUGGUUGUCUGAAUUUGGUCUUUUUCUCUGUAAAGCCAAAGGGGUAAACAGCAUUCUGUUGUAUGUACUUUAGAUUGUGUCCAUUUUAUAGUGGCAGCAUCAAUUGUUACGUUUUGUGCAAGUUAGAAAGGGGAGGGCAAGCUUGUUAUCAAUCCAGUAUUGGCACAACAGUGGCAUACGCUGUUGUUGUUGUUUGUUGUUAGCAUUAGCAUAGCAAACCAUAACAUAUGAAUGGCACAUCUCUAGAAAAGGAACCACAAUAACAUUCACAUUCAUCCCUUCUUUUGCUUGCCUCUCCCUCCCUUCCCAUGCACACAUGUCUACAUUUAGAUUGCAAUCUCUGGCAGGCAGAGAACUGCCAUUUCAGCUAGAAAAUCUGAACCAAUAAAAAAUGGGCUUAUUUUCUUAUAAAGUAAAGCAUUAGCUCUUAUCUUUUAUAUUCACAUUAGUGGGUGCAAUCUAAUAGGACAGUAAGGAGCUCUCACAUUUUCAUGGCGUUUCCAACAGUUGCAAACCAAGGCACUAUUCCCAGUGACUCAGGAGCACUGCUCUUUUUUUUGGAUCAUGUGACAGGAGCCCAUGCUAUAUCUCACCAUUCACUAUUUGGUUUUUUGGGGGGGUACAUUUUGCAUGUGAUUACAUAUAUGAAGCAGCUGGUCUUUAUAAUAAUAAUAAUAAUAAAAUUCAUUUAUACCCCGCCCUCCAGGGCCAGAGCUGGGCUCAGGGCGGCUAACACCAGUAAAAUUCCAGUAAAAACAUAAAGGGGGGGGGGAAUCAAUUUAAAAUACAGGUUAAAAUGCAAUUUAAAAUGCAGCCUCAUUUUAAAAGUAGCCCAUAGAUCAAAACCAUAAGAAGAGGGAAACAUAAGGGUCAGACUGAGUCCAAACCAAAGGCCAGGCGGAACAGCUGGCCUUUGCUGCAAGGAUGGUGAUAAUUCAGCAUCAGUUGCUCAAACACCAAAAUGUCUCAGUGGCCAGCUUAAAUCAUGGCACAGAGCCGAAAGAUUAGCAGUGGUAGCCCACAUUUGUUACUAUAACCGGCAAGCCUGCUAAAUGCAUUAGCACCUGGGCAGAUAGAGAUCACCUACAGUGAUGGCAGCUUUGUGUAAGAAGCAUUAUCAUAACUUCAAGCAAGAUCAAGUGCCAGUGACUCCCAAACUGUAUGCCAAGGCACACUAGUAUGCCUUGAGAAAAUUGCUGGGGUGCUACAAGCAAUUAAUGCAUUAAUUAAAAGAAUCCCAUGAAACUAAAGUUCCUACCAACAGGAGAGGGUGUCAUGGGCUUUGCAGACACUCGAACUCAGGGCGCAAGGGAGAAACGUGCUAAGAGGAAGGCAUGCUUGGCAAAUCCACACCGUGAUCAGCUCCCGCCCGGAAACCAAUGUCCCCACUGUGGAAGGACGUGUGGAUCCAGAAUUGGCCUCCACAGUCACUUACAGAAAAUCUUACUCGGCUGCGAGUGAUCACCAAAGAAGAAGAUACAGAUCCACUGUUCUGGUCUGGUCUCCUGCCAAUCAGCUGUCAUUGGGGACUGGCCAUCUUGCUACAUCAUUGCGCUGAUAUAAUUUGAUCAUUCUCGGAUGUAGCAGGGUUGCCAUGCAUCUUUGCCUGAUGAGUUAUACUGCUCCGUGAGAAUGCGCAGAUCAGUGACUCUUGCAGAAAUGGAGCAGGUGGGAACACUGGAAGCUGCCUCAUAAGCCAAAUGAGGCCACUAGUCCUUCUGGCUCAGUAUUGUAUUAUUAUUAUUAGUAGUAGUAGUAGUAGUAGUAGUAUACUGCCCUAUACCUGCAGGUCUUAGGGUGGUUCACAGGAUAAAAUCACAAUAUAAAAACACAAAAUACAUAAUCAAAACAAAAACAAAAAUAACUCAAUAGCCCCCCCCCAAUAUACUGUCUUUUUCCAUGUAUAAGACUAUAUUUCCCCCCAAAUUUUUAAAGUUUCAAACUGGGGGUCGACUUAUAAACGGAAUGUUUAAAAUAUUUAUUUCUUAAUUUUGGUCUCAAAAAAUAGGGGUUGUCUUAUACAUGGGGGCGUCUUAUACACUGAAAAAUACAGUAUAUUGACUGUCAGCAACUCUUCAGGAUUUCUGUACACAACAUGUGCUCUGCUGCUGGUUCCCCAGAGGGGAGGUGAUUUUUUUGGCCUUGUUUUAGUCUGGUGUUGGAAUGAAAUGUGCCAUUAAUUUUGUUAUCCUUAAUAAUAAUAAUAAUAAUAAUCCUAAUAAUACGGUCAUCUCCAGGCUUGACUACUGUAAUUCGCUCUACGCAGGGCUGCCCUUGAAGCUGUCCCAGAAACUCCAGCGGGUGCAGAAUGCUGCAGCGAGGCUCCUCACGGGUCUCUGCCAUGGGAGCAUAUUCAGCCAGUGCUUUUCAAGCUGCACUGGCUCCCGGUAGAGUACAGGGUCAGAUUUAAGGUGCUGCUUUUGACCUUUACAGCCCUUCAUGGCCUAGGACCCUCGUACCUAUGGGACCGCCUCUCCUGGUAUGCCCCACGGAGGACCUUAAGGUCCAUAAAUAGCAACACCCUAGUGGUCCCGGGCCCUAAGGAACUUAGAUUAGCUUCAACCAGAGCCAGGGCCUUUUCAACACUGGCUCCAGCCUGGUGGAACGCUCUGCCUCAUGAGACCAGGGCCCUGCAAGAUCUGAUUUCUUUCCGCAGGGCCUGUAAGACAGAGUUGUUCCACCUGGCCUUUGGCUUGGAGCCAAUUUGAUUCCCUCCCUCUUUCUUUUUUCCUUUCCUUCUCCUCCUGCGAUGAGGCUACAUUUUAAUAUUUUAAUGUUUCAAUAUUUGAAUGUUGUAUUUUAAUUUUGUUUUUAAGUUUUAAUCAUUCAACUUGUUUUUAUUAUUGCUUGUAAGCCGCUCUGAGCCCGGCCUUGGCUGGGGAGGGCGGGGUAUAAAUAAAAAUUAUUAUUAUUAUUAUUAUUAAUGUACUCCUCAAAUAGCAGAAGCUUGGGAAGCACCACUGUAGAAACUGAUUUUAUUUUAAUUGUAUUGCUUUUCUGCUUUGUUGCUUUCCCCCCCUGGGCUCCUUUGGGAGGAAGGGUGGGAUGGAAUCUUUUAAUAAAUAAUAAUAAUAAUAAAUUAACUGCAAAGUGUUACAGGUUUUACUUUGGAAUAACUGAGCUCUUCCUUUUGCCCUUUUCUCCUAGAUCACUUAUUUCAGCCUCUGGUAUUUCAACAAGCAAAACCAGCGCCGGUGGAUAGACUUAGACAAGCCUCUGAAAAAGCAACUGGACAAAUAUGCCUUGGAGCCGACUGUAUUCUUCGGUGUGGUGUUUUAUGUGCCUUCUGUCUCCCAGCUUCAACAGGAGAUUACCAGGUGAGUGGUGCAAGCAUGCCUGCCAUGUUCUGCAAUGAGGAGGGAGCAUCUUUUAGCUAUCUUUACCUGGCACUUUUCAGCCUGUAGUUUUCUGUGUUUAUCUUCUUUUCAGAACAGUGAGCAUGAUGUAGGUUGUUGAGGUUAAGGUCUGCCCGUGUUCACUAGAGAGCCAGUGUGGUGUAGUGGUUAAGAGCGGUAGUCUCGUAAUCUGGGGAACCAGGUUCGCGUCUCCGCUCCUCCACAUGCAGCUGCCAGUCACACUUCUCUGAAGUCUCUCAGCCCCACUCACCUCACAGAGUGUUUGUUGUAGGGGAGGAAGGGAAAGGAGAAUGUUAGCCGCUUUGAGACUCCUUAAAGGGAGUGAAAGGCGGGAUAUCAAAUCCAAAUUAUUCUUCUUCUUCUUCACUAUAAGCUUUUCAUUUUAAUUAACCAAAAAGGUGUAGCAGGCAGGUAAAUUAUAUUAGUGCACGGUGUUACACUCUAGGUGUAGGUUCCCGUCAGAAGCCGCACCAUGAAAACUUCUUCUAAAAUCACCAUGAAAACAGCUUCUAAAAACUUUUCUUCUAAACAGAAAACUUAGUUUGUCAGUAAUACUACUUAGGUCGAACCAGGAUAUUGGAUUUAGGAUUAAGGACAAGGUAAAAUAUGCACUCUUGCCCCACCUUUAGAAAAUUUUAUUAUUUGAGUUCUUAACUAUGACACAGGUGUAGAUACGUUUUAUCUUGUCCCAUAAGUGAACCUCUCCUGCAAAUAAAGUACGCUCCUUUUGAUUGAGGGUGCUGGUGGUGGGGGAGUCACAUUUUAUGUGUGAUACAGGGUAGUCCCUCUAUUCUUCUCCUUAGCGUGGAUGCUAAGGAGUGGAUCUCCCCCCCGCAAAAAAGUCAGGAUGCUCCCAAGUUCCAGACCACCUCCAACUGUAGCUAGAAAUGCGACUAGGUUGUGUGUUUGGCAGCACACGGUCAGAAUCACCAGUCUGACCCCUGUGCCCAGACUCCAUGUUACACACCCAAACCCAAAAUGCUGUCUGCAGAGGGUGAUCAUAGUGUCACCCUGCUGCCCAGACAAGCAGGAAAGAAUAUAAUUGCUCAAGCAUAAAACAGGGUUGGGUCACCUCCAGAUGUUGCUGAAUUAUAACUAUAGUCAUCCCUGACCUUCGCCAUGCUAGCUAAGGAUGAUGGGAAUCCAUCAACCUCUAUAUUCACAGGCUUCGGAAAAUUGCCCUGAAUGCAUGUUCUCUUUCCAUAAUAGAUACCAGUAUUAUCUACAAUUGAAGAAAGACAUAUUGGAAGGAAGCAUCCCAUGCACGUUUGAGCAAGCAGUGCACCUGGCUGGGUUAGCUGUUCAAGGUAACGAACAUGUUUAGCUGAUUUUAGGAGCUGCUUGAACUUUGUGUUCCUGGGAGAAGUGGGUGCAUGGCCCACAGUCCACCAAGGCUCUGUCCCCUAAAAGGCGUUUCAGCCCUUUUCUGUGGAGCAAUCUGGGUUGAGGGAGCUUAGGCUUACAGCAGCUGUUUUUCUAGCCCAUGGCCAUCGUUGUGUAGCUGUUAGCCUUUCAGCUGGGGAACACUCUUUGGCAGGCUAGAGAUAGCAACAAACUCCAGGUCCCUUCCCGCUCACAACACUGCGAGGUAGGCAAGGCUGAGAAAUGAAACUCCCUUCCAUUUGAAGUCAGUUGAACUUCUGGCACCUCCUGAAUACUUUUAUUUUAAACUGGAUUCUGAUUUUAUCAUUUUGUUUUUGUACUGAGUUACUCGCACACCACUUACAGACAAUUAAGUGCUAUGUAAACAGAUGAUGUAAUAAAUGAAUGAAUGAUGUUUUGCCUAAAGCUUUGUUAGUUUGAUUGAGCCUGGGAUUCAAGCGCCGACACUCAUCACUCUGCCUAGUCUGCUGCGCUACACAGAUCUGGUGUGGUACCCAUAACUAGUUUCCUAACCCCAAUACAUACUUUUUAAAAGUGCUGUUGUAAACUUACACGUAACACAAUAGUAGCUUUAUUUUUUAUGCUGUAACUAAGAUAAGUAGGUGAUAACUGUUCCUUAUUUAGUUACCCUUGCUGACACCAUCAGAAGAUUGUAUUUUUAUUUUAUUUUUUUAAUGAAUCACUAAUGUGUUGAGGUUCUGUGACACCCCACUUACAGACUAGCAGUUAUAAAACAAACUGCUGUGUUGCUGCCAUUCCAGCUAUUAAGAUAAGGAGGGGUUCAUCUUUCAGUACUGAUUUGCUGAUUCAGGGAGUUUUAAGUUCUUUUUUUAAAAAAAAGAAAAACGCACAGGUAGAAAAGAACUCACACAGAAACGACUAUUUAUUUUAGACUGAUGCAGUAGCAAUGAUCAGAAUACAUUGAAGAUAAGAAUACAUUGGCCUUCCAGUAUUGAUUUCCUUUUUCUUUUUAAAAUCUUUAUUUUAAAUAUGGUUUGUGGGGGAAAUCAACAAAAUCAAAUAAUACAAUAUAUAAAUAAUCAAGAUCCAUAAAUAAGGUUCCAUGCACUCAAUUGCUCAUACAAAUUGCACAUGCAUUGAUGCACCCGUGGCUCAAUCUACAUCUGCACACGUUCUUCCUCACUUACGACAAUUGCCAUAGUCCAACACCCACCAGUGCAUAGCUAGACAGGCCUUGCUGUAACCCUGCUAGCUUUACAUGAUAAACCUAAAACCAAAUUCACUUUUGGGAAUCCAUGAGCGGCGCAUUGAAACAAAUCAUUUUCUUGUCGCUUUUAAACUCCCGUCUCAAUUCUUGUUGGGUUUGCAAGAUCCAGACCUUAGUGUAUAUCAACGGAACUCUUCUACCAUGUGCCUCCUUGUUUGCAAAUGAAAUAAAAAAUAAAAUCAUACCACUCAUCCUCUGGAUACUUUUAAUUUGUGGGAUUUCCCCCCAGAGAAGGACUAUUUACCAUACCUGCCUUGAGUAGCAAUACCCUAUAUGAUUCCGAACUACAGUUUUCAAAGGUUUUACUAUGGAUGCCUGUGCUGCUGUAAGCAAGUGCAAAAUAAGCUCUUCAUUUUUUAAGAUCCGCAACCUCCCCUGCGUACAAAUUCAGUAGAGCCAAAUAACAUUUUAUUGUGUGUUUUUUUACCGUUGGAAAGUCACAUCUCCCAAGAGCAUGGCCAAAAGGCUAGUACAGUGGUACCUCGGGUUACAGAUGCUUCAGGUUACAGACUCCGCUAACCUGGAAGUAGUACCUUGGGCUAAGAACUUUGCCCCAGGAUGAGAACAGAAAUCGCACGGCGGCGGUAGCGGGAGGCCCCAUUAGUUAAUGUGGUACCUCAGGUUAAGAACAGUUUCAGGUUAAGAACGGACCUCCAGAACGAAUUACGUUCGUAACCAGAGGUACCACUGUAAGAAACUUUGCAGGGAAGUGUGCUUAUUAACAUUGUUAAUAAACUGCAGGUACUUUAUUAGAAUUGUAGAGUUGGAAGUGACCGCGAUGAUCAUCUAGCCCAAUGCCCUGCAAUGCAGGAAUCUUUACCACCCUGGGAUUUAACUAUCUCAUUCUCUACUGACUGUAUAAUUGUAGAGAGGAUAGCUCCAAUAACAGUGCUUUAUUUUAGAAAAGAGUUGGAGUCAAAUGCAGUCCUGCAUAUUCUUUUUUGUGAGCCUUUAGGUCAGGGGUCAGCAAACUUUUUCAGCAGGGGGCUGGUCCACUGUCCCUCAGACCUUGUGGGGGGCUGGGCUAUACUUAGAAAAAAAAUAUAUGAAUGAAUUCCUAUGCCCCACAAAUAACCCAGAGAUCCAUUUUAAAUAAAAACACACAUUCUACUCAUGUAAAAACACCAGGCAGGCCCCACAAAUAACCCAGAGGUGCAUUUUAAAUAAAAGGACACAUUCUACUCAUGUAAAAACAUGCUGAUUCCUGGACCGUCCAGGGGCCGGAUUUAGAAGGCGAUUGGGCCAGAUCUGGCCCCCGGGCCUUAGUUUGCCUACCCAUUCUUUAGGUUGUUUUUUAAAACAACAACAACAACAACCUGUGAGUGAACUGGUAUAUGCAUGACUACAGUACCACACAAGGUGUAUGAAGUCUAGUUCAGACAGCAUGAUUUGAGCAUGCCCUACAAGAUACUCAGGUUUCCUUUGGACCACUUUAAAACCAUUAGAGCCGCAAUGCCUUUUGACAGUUGCAGGAUAACUGCUUGAAUAUAGGAAAUGUGCUUUGCAGAAACUGAAGUUAAAACCAGGCUGCCCAGAACUAUAACGGUAUUUCAAAAGGUAAUAGCAAAAUGACUACCCAGACUGUUGAAAUUGGCUGUCAUUUUCUGAAAUGCCUUUGAAUGAUGCAUUCAUUCUCCCUUGGUAUGUAUAUCCAGCACGCUGAAGGGAAGUAGGCUUUAAUACCUAGGAAUUAUGAUUUUGUUCCUUUCCUACAAUCUUCAUUUUCCUCCUUGCCAUUUUCAGUGGCGUUACCUACCUAUAAAGCCCAUUUCUACUAUUUUACACAGAAAAUAGCAGUGAAAUUGCAGCAGACUCUGAGCAGAAGCUAUGCAGUGCAAAUUUGCGCUGUCUCUCCCCACUCCCACCCCCACCAUCGUAUUGGAUUUUUCCUUUCCCUACUUCUGUCUUAAUGUUUUCCUCCUUUACUUUUAUCACUCAUCCUCGGUUCCAUUGCUCAUCCUUGCUUACUGCAGAAUGUUAGGUCCCAGGAAGGAGAAGAAGUCACAUUCUUUAUGUGUUCCCAUGUACUCUAACUGUCCCUGUUUGCCAGAGGCCUUCCCUUUCCUUGGUUACCUGUCCCAAGUAAAUUACAGUUGUUAUUAUUGUGUUCCCAUUUUGCCCUUUUAGGGAUGCCCUUUGAAAUGGCGGUGGCAUGUGAGCUGCUGGAGUUGUCCUGAUAUGCCCCACAGAGGACCUUAAGGUCCACAAAUGACAACAUUUUGGAGGUCCCAAGUCGCAAGGUGGUUAGAUUGGUCGCAACUAGGGCCAGGGCCUUUUCAGUACUGGCCCCGACUUGGUGGAACGCUCUGUCACAAGAGACUAGGGCCCUGAGGGACUUGACAUCUUUCCGCAGGGCCUGCAAGACCGAGCUGUUCCACCUGGCCUCUGGUUUGGACUAAGUCUGACCCUUAUGUUUCCCUCCCCUUAUGGUUUUGAUGGGCUACUUUUAAAAUGAGGCUGCAUUUUAAAUUGCAUUUUAACCUGUAUUUUAAAUUGGUCCCCCCCCCAUUAUGUUUUUACUGUAAUUUUACUGUUGUUAGGUGCCCUGAGCCCGGCUCUGGCCGGGGAGGGUGGGGUAUAAAUAAUAAUAAUAAUAAUAAUAAUAAUAAUAAUAAUAAUUUUCAAGGUUUCUCCUCCUGGUUCUUCAGCAGUCAAAUCUCUUUAGCAGAGUGCCAUCCCUAGCUUUUGGGGCAGGGAGUCCUUUGGCAAGAUGCCCUUAGUGAGCCCCACCCAAAUGGGCCCACUGCUUUGUAGCCACUACCCCUUCCCCUCUAUUUUCCCUUCUCUUGCCCUCUUCUGCUUACAGCUGCCAAAAUAAAGAGGGUGAAAUAAGCAGGGGCUUCUCCUUGCUCCCUAUCACUGUUGGCUUUCUCAUUUAGUUAGUUAAUUGAAUUCAAGGAUGGCUUCCCAGGACAAAACACCCCAAAUUGAUUGAAACAAAAAUUAAAAUGUUGUAAUAGAUUGCAUUAACACAUUAAGAACGUAGAGUAAAAAACCACCAACCUAUAAUUGGUGCAGCUCAAAUGCCCAGCACAACAAAAGCUUAUUUUCCUGGUGCCAAAAUGAAAGCUGGUGCCAAGCGGGCCUCUCUGGGGAGACGAUUCCAUAGAUAAGGAGCUACUACAGAAAAGACCCACUCUCUUAAAGAGAUCAGAUGAGCAGGCAAUGGCAGCAAGGAGCAGCAAAAGCCAGGCUAGAAGGCUCAAGGCAUCAGUAGUAGGUCCCUCUGCUGAAGGAUGGGGCUUUGCCUGACAAUGCACAACAUGACAUUUUACAACCUGCAGAGGCACAUUUUGAGCUUCAGCAGCAUAAUAUCGGACGUUUGUGUAUUUAAAAAUAUAUCGCAGCCCAAAGAACAAACGGACCGUCUUGGCUUUUAAAACCAGUGGAGGACGACCCUAAAUGAAACCAGCAUAGCACAAGAGAAAGUUGCAUCCUUCAGCGAUUCAUGAUGCUCACAGACAGCAGUUUUUAAUUUGGGUAGAGAGGUGUUUCAAGUGUGGCCUUAUUUUCAUCUGCGAAAUGCAGGAGGCAGUAUCACUCUUGGUUUUAACUUAGCACUUUGGUGUAGCUGCUAUAUGCCAGAGAAGAAAACAACCACAAGAAUGAGGUGGAUGCCUGGCAGGGAAAACGAAGAGAGUGCUCUAAGCCUCUGGUCUAUUUUCCUUUGCUGCCUCCGUUUACUUGCUAUGAAUGGUGAUCUCGUGUGCUAGAAAAGACUUGCCAAGAACGUUAUUUGCCAGUGAGAUCAAACUGAUGACUUGAAAUAGCUUGUUUAUGCAACAUUCUUUAAUUUCUUUUCUUUAGCAUCAUCUGGCUCUUUAAUAAUGACUGUUCAACAAAUUAUUACUUGUUUAAUUGCUCUUGUACAAUUUAAGCAGUCUUGGCUUUGCACAAUUUUAUUUUGAGAUGAAAAACCAAAGGGCACCAACCACUAUGCUGUAUCUGUUAUGAGACUUUUCUGAAAUAGUGAACUUCCCUAUGCACUUAAUUCCUGCCUGUUUUCUCUUAAUUCCUCAGCUGAUUUUGGAGAUUAUGACCAAUAUGAAUCGCAGGAAUUUCUACAGAGAUUUGCCUUGUUUCCUGUGGUAAGAAUAGCUCACUUCUUCCCCCUUCUCUCUCCAAUUCCAAUUUUGGAAAUUACUGGGGGGAAAACAAACUGAUGUAGAAAUAUCAGAAGUGAACACAUUAUGCCUGGUGGUUGCUAAUCUUUUUAUUUUGUCUUUUAAACCCAACAGAUGUGUGUUAGUCUUUACUUUAUUGUAAUUCACUUUAGAGGAUUGCCUGAGAAGCUUGAUAAAUAAAAAUAGUUUUUUAAAAAAUCAUUUUUCAAAAGUAGUACCAUUCAUUACUAAAUCUCCCCCCCCCCUUUCAAAAGGGUCAUUUAGAUACCCUUCCUGUUCUGAAAACUUGUUUAAUGUUAAUACAGUCAUACCUCGGCUUACAGACGCUUCAGGUUGCGUUUUUUCAGGUUACGGACCGCUGAAACCCGGAAGUACUGGAACGGGUUACUUCCGGGUUUCGGUCGCACUUUGCACAUGUGCAGAAGCGCUAAAUCGCAACCUGCGCGUGCGCAGAUGCGGGUUGCGAACGCUGCGGGUUGCGAACGUGCAUCCUGCACAGAUCACAUUCGCAACCUGAGCGUCCACUAUAUCAUAAUAUAAAAACCUGGGAGAAAUUAAAAUAUCGCUUCUUUCAAGGCAGUGGGCAUAACUCCCUCCUGCAGUGAGGCACUGACCAUUCCAUUUAGUCAUUCACCUUCUACCCAGUUUUAUCAGCCAUGUUGGUCAGGCAGGGAUGAAGAAGGCAUAUUGUUGGUCUCACCGCUGCAAGCAUCCCACAUCAACGGGUUGAAGCCACUGACCCCUCAAGGUGUAAAUCUUGGUUGUUCCCAGGACCUCCCAACAGAUCUGAACCAACUGUGGUAUCAAGUUCAGUACGGAUCCAAGUGAUCUGGCUCUCAAAAUGAUUCAGUGUGGUGUAGUGGUUAAGAGCAGUGGACUCGUAAUCUGGUGAACUGGGUUCGCUUCCCCGCUCCUCCACAUGCAGCUGCUGGGUGACCUUGGGUUAGUCACACUUCUCUGAAGUCUCUCAGCCCCACUCACCUCACAGAGUGUUUGUUGUGGGGGAGGAAGGGAAAGGAGAAUGUUAGCCGCUUUGAGACUCCUUCGGGUAGUGAUAAAGCGGGAUAUCAAAUCCAAACUCUUCUUCUUCACAAAUCUCUCACCUCAGGCUACUGACUGGUUCAGUGUCAGUGAUUUAACACUGUUCUGAGCCAGCUCAUUUACCACUCUGUAAACAGCCCUGCUUGGAGAUUCACUGAAGAUGCAAUAGAGCAGCAGUUCUCAACCUGUGGGUCCCCAGAUGUUGUUGGACUACAACUCCCAUCAUCCCUAGCUAGCAAGGCCAGAGCUCAGGGAUGAUAGGAGUUGUAGUCUAACAACAUCUGGGGACCCACAGGUUGAGAACCACUGCAAUAGAGACAGAGAGUGAUGCUCUCCUCACCUGCCAUGUGGUAGGUAUGGCUGUGUAUUUGCUCCUCUAUUUGGUCAGAUAUGUGCCAAAUUUAGUGCCACCUAUGCUCCAGCUACUGACCAACCUCCUUCAUAGCCUGGAACUCCUCAGGAAACUUAAGGAGCCUACUGGACUCUUCAUGAGCAGAGAGAUUCCACCCUCUCUGCCUAAAGGCAGUUGCUUAAUUACCUCAACAGGAGAGCUCACUAUCCAAUUACCACCCAUUAAACAUUUUGCAUUUGCACCCAUGGAUGUUUUCCAUGCUUUCACCAGGUCGCCAUUCCCUAGCACACCAUAUCUCACCAAGAGGCUGGGUUAGGGCACCUACCUUGUCAGUGAUGGUUCCGACCUGGUGGAAUGCUCUGUCCCAUGAGACUAGGGCCCUUCAUGAUUUAACCUCCUUCUGUUGGGCCUGUAAGACAGAGCUAUUCCACCUGGCCUUUAAUUUGAAUUCAGCCUGAUCUUUUAUUUCCCUUCUCUUCCCUCCCCCUCCCCUUUUAUGAAGAUUACCCGCUCUGAGACCCCACAGCUAAUUCUCCCCUGGCCUCCUCGCUGGCCCAAGUAGGACUAAUUCAGCCAGCUAGUCCUGGUGAUUAUCUAAUGCUUAUUAGAUGGAUUUCCCCUAAAUUGAUUUCCGAACUUUGAAUUUUAUGAUUAUUCAUGUUUUUAUAGUGUAUUUUAUGCUGCCUUUACAAUUAAAUUUGUUGUUAGCCGUCCUGAGCCCAGUUUUUGAACCGGGAAGGGGGGUAUAAAUAAAAAAUAAUUAAUUAUUAUUGUUACUGGUUGUUCCUGGAAUCAACCCAUCAGUAACCAAAUAUUCCAAGGACUAAACACCCUCACCCAAGUGGCUCCCAAUGGGGGGUAAACCCCUUUGGUGGUGAACCCACGGCCCAAGGCAGUGUUUCUUAAGGAGGUACUGAUGAAGGCAGGCACAGGUGCCUGCAAUCAAGAACUGCCGAGUCAAGCCUGACUCGGCCCUCUAGGAAGCCAAGCUCUGCAAGCCUACCAGAAGUUGAGAUAGCAGGCAAUAGAUGUUAAAGUGCACUACUUGCUCUCUUCCUGGGUAGAUGGCCCAGGCUUCUCCCUCUACUGCUGCCUGGGGUAUAUGAAUGUUCGCCAGCCCUUCAUUAAGUUUGGAGGGUUGUGAAUUUACAUGCGAGGAAGGCUCAUGGUUUCUGUUCUUUCGCUUAAGGGUUGGUUGCAAGAUGAAAAGAUCCUGGAAGAAGCAACCCAGAAGGUGGCCUUACUCCAUCAGAAGUACAGGUAACGGUUCUGAAAUUGUGCUGCUGUUUCAGGUCUGAAUAUUGUUAGAUGAGCUUGCUCACAUAUGCGCUAGUGCAGAUGUAGCCCUGGCUCUGUGCCUAACUAACACCAAUUUAAGCUAAACAUGAUUUCCAGUUUUCAAAGAGGGUUAAUAGAAACCCCGGUUUGCUUUAACCCAUGUUGUUGUCAGCAUGUUAUUAGAAUGAGAGGGAGAAAUUUGCUCAGAUAUUGGGCACAUAUUCCUUGAGUGUGGGUUUGUUGUUGCUAACCACAUUUUUCAGAGAGCCAGUAUUAUGUCUGCACUGGCCCCAAACCAAAAGGCUGCAGCAAACCUUUUGAGCGCCAGAAACCUGAUCAUUGGAGAUACAUGAAGCAAGGGAAACUGUAAAAGGCUUAGAAUUAUUUUUUAUAUCCUGGAUAUAAUGCUUAAAUGCACUGAUAUUUCAUGAUAGGGCAGUAAAAUACUUCUGUCAAUAAAUACCUGAAAUAAAUAAUUCCACAAGUGCUUAUGGAAGUUAAACAGUGGUCAUUUUAACCCUCAGUGUAGUUGCUUUUUGCAAAAAAUUUUCUGCACCAAGUGCAGAUAUUGCACCAAGUGUAUUUCUGCUGGGGAACAUACAAGAAAAGUGGACUCUUGAUAUGCUAAAAGAAGCAGUCUAACCUGCCUCAAGAAGCUACUUAGCAAAUUGAAUUUCUUUUUUUGUUUCUGAAGGGGCCUCACUCCACCUGAUGCAGAAAUGUUAUAUAUGCAAGAAGUUGAGAGGAUGGAAGGAUAUGGUGAAGAGAGUUAUCCUGCAAAGGUAAAGCUAAGUUUCUUCUGUGAAUUUAUUGACUGUUUGUGCCAUGACUUCACAAAGGCACGACUAUAAUAAUAAAAACUCUCUCUUUGCAUUUUUAAAAAAGGUAUAUUAAGCUGACUCAGGCCUAAGUCACUUUGGCUUGUUACUUACAGUUCUGAGAUAUCAGAAUAUUUUUGCCGAAACGUCAAGAGAUUGCUCAGAUGUCAAACUUGGAUUGCUCAGGUCUCUGUUCAGCAUGCAGAAUUUCUGAACUUAAAACAUUCCAGAUUUUCAGUUUGGAAACAAAUUAGGCAAACAGGAACAUUGUUUGAUUCUUUUAUCAUGUAUUUUAUAUUGUAUUUUUUGUAGAAAGGCAGGGUUGUUAAAACACAAUCAGUUUUUUUUAUUGUUUUCACAUAAAUCCACAAAAAAGGCAACUAUCCAUAUCCAUCAACACAAUAAGAAAAAAGUAAUAUACCAAAUACCGUACCCAAAUAAUAAACCAUAUACCAAACACGAACCCAUAGUAUACCAAAUAAUAAACACAAAGCCAUAAAUUUAAAAAGGUCUUCUUGCUUUAGACCAAACUUCCCGUCCACUCCUUACUUCAGUUACUCAUCACUAACUUGCUGCCAAAACAUAGCAGAUUAUUAACAGAAUUUAAAUUUUUUUUAUAUCUUGGGUCUCGCAUCAGACUUAAAACUGCUACUGAAAUUACUCAAACGCAGCAACAGAGUUUAAACUGCAACAGUUGUUUUUCAAAUAUAUUUUGAAGACUACCCAUUUUGAGAUAAAUACUUGUUUUGGGUUGUUCUUUAUUCUUUCAGUUUCAUAUUAUCUAGUUCCGCAUAUUCAACCAACUUUUGAAUCCAUUCUAGCCUUGAAAGAACUUUAUAACUCUUCCAGUUUGCUGCAAUAAGAACUCUUGCUGCGAGCGUGGCAUAUAAAAAGAUCUCUCUUACAUUUUUGGGAAUAUCUGAGUCUGUAAUUCCCAGAAAAAAGGCUUCUGGUUUUUUUUAUUAAAGGAGAUAUUGAGCAUUUCAAUUUUUAACACAUCUAAUGAGCUUACUUUGCAUUGUUGGUGCAAAUUUAGAGCACAAACAUGGGAGCAGGGUGCUGUGGGCAGGGUAUGACGAAUGAAGCUAUUUUCGCAAGGAAGAAGGUGCAAGUGAUAUGCAAUUUCUGUAUCUUUCAGGACAGCCAAGGAAGUGACAUAUUCAUCGGAGCUUGUCUUGAUGGAAUCUUUGUGAAACACAAAAAUGGCCGGCCUCCCGUCAUCUUUAGGUGAGCUCAUUUCCUGCGAUGGUGAUUCUUUUAAGCGUCUUUGUCCCUUAACCUUUAGGUGCCCAGUCAUGUGGUCAGUUCAUACCUUGUGAUUCCCUGUGUUGCAGAUGCAUGUGUGCAUGCAAGCAAGCAUCAAACCAACCAAAACGUAAGACCCCCUGAAGCAGAAACUUUGCAAAGUAGCUAAGAAUUUUUGCAACUAUGUGGGAAAUGGCAUGGCGAAUUCAGAUCCCCUCUUAUACACGUGCAGUUAAAGCAGAGUGCUUUGUGAGGUCUCUCUCUCUCUCUCUCUCUUACACUCUCUUCUUUCCUUACCCCUGCCUAGGUGGCAUGACAUUGCUAACAUGUCCCACAACAAGUCCUUUUUUGCAUUAGAAUUGGCAAAUAAAGAAGAGACUAUCCAGUUCCAAACUGUAAGUGAGUGAGAUUUUAUUCAUAUGCAUUUUAAAUAAAAUGUAUGGCAUGAGAAAGAAGGCAUAAAUCAUCUGUUGGCUUUUAGAUAUCAGACCUUUGUAGACCCGAACUGUGGUCUUUUAAAUGUGUUUGUGGGAGGGGGGAGGGCUUACUGGUGUUUUCCCGUUGUUGUUGUUGUUUGUUUUAUGUAUUUUGAGUUUUCUUUUUGUAUUUUUAUGUUGGAAAUAGCCCAGUGAUCUUCAGAUGAAGGGCUGUAUAUAAAUUUAAUUAACAACAACAACAACAAUGUCUGAGUGGGAUUCUCUUCCUUUCCACUGUCCUUGAGUUUAUGCAGCAAGAAGAUAGGCCAAAGCUGGCCCUUACUUUGGUCCUGAGAAUCCUCUUAGUAGGGAAGUGAUUUGAAAGAGAUGCAUCUAGCCACUCGUUUUGUCUUACAUACAAUCUCUUUUGUUUAACAGGAAGACAUGGAAACGGCAAAAUAUGUGUGGAGGAUGUGUGUGGCCAGGCACAAAUUUUAUAGACUAAAUAAAUGUAGCCUGUAAGUAUAAUAAUCCUUUAGUGAAUCUCUCUCCUCAUUAAUUUAUAUUCUGUACUUUACUACUUGAACACCUUAACCAAAUAGCUUUGUUUCUGAGUGCAGACUCCAGCGUUCAAACAGGAGCUUUAUCUGAGGCCACAGAAGUCUUAUUCUUGGUGCUGAAUCUAAGAAUAAUGUAUUGCAGUGGUUUUCAACCAGUGUGCCGUGGUACCCUGGGGUGCCUUGAAUGAUGGCCAGGGGUGCCACGGGCAACACUGGCCUCUGUCCCUCUUUCCUUCCCUCCUUCUUCUCAUGCCCUCUUGCAUCUCUGCCUCCCAAAGGCUUGCAUAGCUGUUUAUUGCAGCAGCCCUGGCUAUAAGCUCUGCAAGUGAAUGCUACCUCUGGGAGGGCACCUCUCUUUGGGAUGGGGUGGGGGCCGAGCAGCUCAGAGACCAGGGAUGGCAGCAGCUGCCUGGAGGGACUCCCAAGGACUGGGGAAAGAAGGGGAGGCUAAGGGAACACACUACAAAGGAGAGUGUUCAAAAAUGGGUGAGAGGCUGCUAUCUCUGCAGACAAGGGGUGACAUAACUGGGCGCUCCUGAACCCCACAGGAGUGCUGCAGAAGAAAUGUAGUUGGUCAAGGGAGCCGUGGACUCAAAAAGGUUGAAAACCUCUGAUGUACCUUGGGUUAAGGGUGCUUAAAGAAUUCUGUUUUUGUGAAUUCCAGAGCAAACUGACUUCACACCUCCUGGAAUAAUGUGUGGAUCAGAAUGUAAUUAUCCUUCAAGUUUCACAGUCCUCCUACUGUGUAAUAAGAAAGUCUAGUGCUAUAAGAUGGGAUUUGUGCAAGGGUGGUUAGCCAAUAGCCUUCCAGACGUUUUUGGACUCCCAACUCCCAUCAGACUAGCUAACGACAUUAGGAGGGCCACAGCUUCCUCACCCCCAGUGUAGUAGCAGACCAGCUCCCAGUGGACUAAGGUGCAUGUUACAGGAUUACCAAGAUGACUCACAAAGGCUUGGUUCUCUCACUGGAAGUAUAACAAGGUGGAAAAGUAUUCCAUUUAUAUGUCACAUUCUCCCAUGAACCUGUUCCUAUGAGGACUUUUGCCAGAGAACGUCUGUGUUGUGGGAAUGGUGCAGAGAGAAUGGCAUGGCAUUUGGAAGAACUACCGUACAACUGAUUGCCCAAAGAGGGAUGGAGGAAGAGGCCAGAAAUCCAAAAUGGUGUCAUUUGUGGAGAGGUUCAGUGCUAUGUCUGUAGGAAGCAAUGCUUGUUACAGUGAUGUGAGAGGUCACUGUCUGCCCCUUGUAUCCGCCAUGAUUUAAACAAGCCACUUUGUUAAAACUCUACCAGAAACAGUUUCAAGAAAUUACUCUUAAUUUUUAUUAUCAUUUUACCAGAACACUUUUAUAGAAAUAUGGGAAUUUUUGUUGAAGGGUGGUCUAAAAAUAUAAUAAUGAAUAGUUUAUUUUAUUACUGUGAACACAAUCCGUUUAUUAUUGCUUUGCAAUAUUAUGGUGUAAUAAAUGUCAAAUGUUGACAACACUAACUCAAGUCCCUUAAAAAAACCACCCACAGUCAAAUAAAUCUAUCUCCUCCCUUCUAUUGGGUUUCAAUACAAUGAGAUUUGAGGUGGGGAAACUGUGAUGCAACUGAGCAUUGUUUUGUCUGUCCUUGUUUCUUUAAGAUACACAACUAGCAUUUUUCUUCUAGCUGUGUGGACUAGGAACUUAUUUGCUGUUAAACAGGAACAGAGACUCUUUGCCUCCUAACUCAUGCCUGCUGUCCAAAAACACACGACCUCAGACACCACAUGUUUUCCAUCCCUGUCGUAGACUAAUCAAAUCAUUUUCCUAUAGACUCUGCUUUCAAUUUUUCAAUUUGUGAUUAUAGGAGGGACUGGGUGAUCAUGACCAUAGGAGCACCCUUGAGAAACCCAUCUGACAAUCUCUUGAAAUGUCUCCUCCAUUGAUAACAAGCAUCCUUUUUGUUAUAAAUGUGUUGUUUCAUUGUCUACAUUUUGUCUGCAUGUACCUUGUCUUUAGAGACUCCCCAGAUUCUCCGCCUGAGGAAGGCUCUCAGAAAUCUUUCCUCAUUCUUUCCUUUCCACGCUUUCCAAUCCUUUCUCGUCCUUCUCUGCUCAAAGGGUGAGCCAGUAAACAUUCUUUCUUUCCUUUUGUGUUCUUUGCAUGCAACGUAUUUGUACUGCUCCCCUGUUAGCUCCCAUAGCACCAACACAAUGCAGUCAUGCAUUGCUCAACUCUCGGAGGCAGUGUAUCUCUGAAUAUAAUUGCUGGGCAUCAGAUGUUGCGGGGAAGCACUUGAGUUCUGCUUUUGGGCUUCCCAUGGGCAUGUGAUUGGCUGCUGCGAGAACAGGACCCUGGACAUGAGCAGACUGCGAGGGUGGGGUGAAAGAAUUGCUUUGGAUUCAGGCCAAGCAUAUCUAAGGUUGGCAUGGGCAAGGCUUUUUUUCAGCCGAAACUCAGUUCCGGCACCUCUCAGGUGGGCACCAUUGCCAUUACAAGAGAGGCGUUCAUGUUGAGUUCCGGCACCUCUUUUUCUAGAAAAAUAGCACUGGGCAUGGACUUGUGCUGUUACAAACUGAACGUGCCAGAUGGGACAGAAAGAUUAAUGAAACUGCGUGAUCCCCAAAUUCAGUGUAAGUUAGUGAAGUGAUAAUGUGCACCAUAGGACCAAUUUAUGCAAGAAGUGGGGUAUGCCUGUGCAAGGUUCUGCACAGGUCACAACCUGAUUUAUUCCCAUUGUCACAGGAGUGAUUAGACCAGGAGUACUCUGCAUUGUGGCCGCCAAAAGUACCCAUUAUGUGUUCUUUUUGGCCAGUAGCUCCGUCUGGCAAGGAACACAGCUGGGACUUCCUGCAACAACUGAGGCAAGAAGUGCCCUGAGACCUGAUGGAUCAGUUAAUGCUGGUGUGUCAUGAAUGUGUCUUCCUUGUAGACAUGGUAGUCUUGCCUGUGGUUCUCUUCCCUGUCGCUUGCAGUGGCAGAUGGGCUCAGAGCAGAUGGGGGAAACAAAUUAGAUUGGGAGGAUCUGGAGGGGCUACAGAAGGAAAGAACUCAAAUGGAUUGAAAAGGGCAGGCAGGUAUGCUUAAGCCAGCAGUAGAUAACUUACGGUCCUUGAUAUGUUGCUGAGCUACAAGCCCCAUCUCUGUUGACUGCUGGCCUUGCUUCUUGCAAGAGGUGAGGCUACAAAAUUCCUGGUUGUAGUCUCUGCCAUAUUGCAGGAGGGCAACAGGAGUGUGUCCUACAAGCCAGGCAGGGCUUAUUAUUGGACAUGGGUGUGCCUCUUCAGACAAGGACAGCUCUCAAACAACUCCACUGUUACCAGCAUGCUUGAGCCACUCAGAGAUAAACUGAGCUAAAGUAUUAAAUUGAGCAGCCUGGUCUAUCUAAUUAAUAAAGACAAAGAACCAGAUGUGUUUAAGAUUUACUUGGGAAUUCACUAACUAUGAACAAAUAUAUCCUUGCAGCAAAACCUAGCCAUGCAAUUAUGAAUACAGCUACAGUAUGGGCAGGACUGCUUGAGGAAUACUAGAUUGCCAAGCAAAAUGCUACUGUCUCCUUCGAGCAGAUUUCUGGAAAUCUGAGUUGUCCUCCCUUUGAACUCCUGGUGUUAAUGCAAUACAUGCAAGAUGAGCAUUAAUGCCACUGUUUCCUGAUGGAGAAAGGAUGUUAAAGUCACAACAUUUUCUUCCAUUUGCCUUUCUUGGUGGCCUCUCUCUUACAAUGGAGUAGCAGGCACUUCACACUUUUUGUCCCCAAGACUACAAGCCUAAACACACUUAACUGGGGAAAAAUCCCUUUGAGCACAGUGAGACUUACUUUUGAGUAUGCAAACAUAGGACCGCACUGUCAAUGACAUUACUUCAAAAUCUGUUUUUAAGUGUGUAACUUUGCUCUGUAGACAAGCUCAGGCGGUGACCGUGAAUCCGGUUCGAAGAAGGUCCUCCUCCAGGAUGUCUCUGGUAAGGUCUUUAGCUCCAAGCUCUUCCGUAUUCUUUGAGGUUUCAUUUAAAAGGUUAUUAAUUAAGGUGGAAAGGUUUCUCAUUGGCUGAAGGGCUGUUGAUAGGAGAAACUCGAAAAAGCUAGAAAGGACCAAUUUCCUUUGUGGUGGAUGGGCUGCUGACUCCUAUGUGAUAGAAGGCCUAUGGAUUUGAAAUAAGCACUUAAUAGAAAUCUGGUAUAGUCGUGAAUAUUUGAAUAGCCCAUCAAAAUUUGAAGUCAAUUAGAAAUUUAAAAAAAUCUAAGCACUUUGCCUUCUACUCUCAUACAAAACCCUUCAAAUGUUUAAUGGCAUUGCAAAGCCAUAAGAGAGGCCCCAUUACCACCACCUGCUGGCUUUAGCAGUUUCUGCACCUCAGUUAAACUCACUUGUAUCUGUCAAAAACUUCCACAAAGUCUUUAACCUCAGACCCCAAAGACAAUUUUUGUUCUAUAGCACAGCCGUCAAAGACAAAAUUGCAAUGCCUAACUCAUUAUGUUUACGGACAGGGUCAAACAAUCCCAUAUUCCAUGACCAGCUGUUUCCUCUGUCGCACGAAACUUUACACAGAUCAGUGUUAAUCCUCAUGAAUUUGAAGAGAUUACUCUGAACAGCAGGUCCUGCAAAAGCCUAAACUGACUGGCUUGUUUCAUUUACAUUUGCAGCUUGAAAUACAUGAAAAGAGUCUAGUCAGGGACUGCCUCUGCCAUCCACUCGUCAGUUUCCACUUAACCCAACUUUUGUGCUUCCAGGGAAUGGCAAUAAAGCGGCAGUGUGGUGUAGUGGUUAAGAGUGGUAAACUCGUAAUCUGGUGAACUGGGUUCGUGUCCCCGCUCCUUCACAUGCAGCUGCUGGGUGACCUUGGGCCAGUCACACUUCUCUGAAGUCUCUCAGCCCCACUCACCUCACAGAGUGUUUGUUGUGGGGGAGGAAGGGAAAGGAGAAUGUUAGCUGCUUUGAGACUCUUUCGGGUAUUGAUAAAGCGGGAUAUCAAAUCCAAACUCUUCUUCUUCUUUAGGUCUCAGGGCUUCCUUAGAAUCCAACAGACACCCCCAUUACUGCUAUCAUGAAUUCAAGAGCCAUAUUUCAUUCACCAAAUUGCAUCCCAUGCCUCUAUUCUAUUCUGAAUGACCAAUGAUUCUGACAACGAAUCAGUUCAGAUUAUUCUGUGAAUAUUCCUGCUUUUAGGCUAAUCCCUUUAAUUUUUUUAAAAAAAUCUAAACAUCUUCCCUAGCUGUUUUUUGCUGGGAGGAAGCUGUCCGCACUCAUGUCCUCAUAUCACACUGUGACACAGCAGCUAGCGUAGUAGGUUCUUCCUUGUUAAGGUACAAAGGCUAGUUUUGCUAUACUGUACUGACUCUAUUGGAUAAUCCAAGUUUUGCACAACUGGAGUGAGUAAUUUCUUCAUAAUAGCCUUGAGUUGGCUGUUACAUCCUUAUUGGUUUAACAUAGAUACUGCUGACUGGAUGAUUGGCAGGUGCUCUUGGCUGUCAACUUCAAGAGAUGCAUUUUAGCUACCUAAGGUAGUGUUUGCCUGAUUCAGCAGUUUUCUUGCAGACACAGGAAUUCCAAUAGGUGUGGCCUUCCCCCACCCCACCCUGCAGCUGUGGACAUCCUAUUAGUUUCUAGUAAGUUAGGGUUGUCAUCUGUCCAGAAUUUCCUGGAUAUAGCUGGGAUUUCGCCGUUGGAAACAGCAUCCAGUCGGAAAUUGCUUUAAUGUCUGGGGAAAUCCUGAUGUAUGGCGACCCAUGUCGGAAGUGUAGAUUUUGGCAAAUUUCCUUUUAAAAAAGCUCAAAUACUUCCUUUAAAAAAACCAAACAGAUUUUGCAAAAAAACAAAACCUCAACGACUUUGGCCAAAAAAAAUUUUUUUUUUUUUUACAGAUUUUGCUUUCACUUUGUGAAAUAUGACAACCCUAAAUAAGUUAGCCAGUUAGAAUGAACAUUCCCUUUUAUGUACAGCUCUCUUCCGCCAGCGAGAUGUGUGAGGCAGCAUGUGCUUGCAAAUAACACUACAUGCAUCCUGGAGUGCUUUAAGUUAUAAUAAAAAUAGUUUUAAUAAUAAUUUUCUUAUUUGUACCCCACCCAUCUGACUGGGCUGCCCCAGCCACUCUGGGCAACUUCCAACAGGUAUUAAAAAUAUAUAUAAUCAUAAUUUUGUGUAGAUCUCCACUUAGUUCUAUAAUAUCUUUUUUUUUUAGCAGCCCAAACCGCAGCCUUAUAUGAUGGCUCCACCACCACCUCAGUUGCACUACAAUGGACCCUAUGCAGACCAGUAUACAUCUUCCCAAGGUAAAGGUUUAAGGUGCUUGGGAAACUUCAAUAUUUUACUCUGCCAAUAAAGGAGUUUGAGGAAAAUUACAUUAUUGAAUUGGAAGUGGUAGAGAAGAGAGUGGGAGGUCAUUAUACUGUUAUUAAUGUUAUUAUUAAUGUUAUCAAUGCAUUCAGUGCCUGGAUGGGAGAAUGUGACCUGAUUUGCAUGUACUGUAACACCAAGCCAAGGUUUAUUAACAAUGGAUUAUUGAACCGUGAUUUGUUUGAUUGUUUGAUUGAACAAUGCCCAAUGGCUUAACUGUGGUUUGUUAAUUGCUAGCACACCACAAUCUGUAGUCUUGUUUUUUGACUUAUAAACCUUGGUUUGUUUUAUCUAUGCUUUGACAUUGCACAUGGACCUGUCAUGAGUAUGUCGUCUUAUGCCAGGUCAGCCUACUUGUUCAUUUAGACCAGAGUUUCCCCGAGCUGGGUCUUUCCAGCUGUUGUUGGACUACAACUCACAUCAUCCCUAGCCAGCAGGACCAGUGAUCAGGUUUGAUGGGAUUUGUAGCUGGAGAUCCAAGUCUGAGAAACACUGAUCUAGAUUAACACUGCCUAUUUUGAUUGGCAGUAGGAUCUGGAGGUACUGGAAAUUGAAGCUGGGUAAUACUGCAAGACUGGGGACCUACUGGGCUCUUCCAUUAGCUAUGUUCCCUCCCCACAGUUGGAAGCAGUAAUGCUUCUAAAUACCAGUUUCUAGAAACCACAGGACAGGAGAGUGCUCUUGCGCCCAUGUCCUGCUUGUAGGCUUCUCCCAUUGCACCCAGUGUGAGUAAAGGAUGCUGGAUUUAUAUAGGCCACUGCCUGAUCCAUCAGGCCGUUGUUAUGUUUAGGCUGUUCUUUGCAGUGGAUUGAAAUUAGAUAUUCAGCCCAUUUUAGCUGUUGACCAUGAUGUUGUCAGAUUAAUUUGCUGAUACAGAGAGAGGCACAAUUUCGUUACCGAUCUAAAAGCACACAAUGCACAUGGAGGAGAGGGGAGGUUGACACUUCGUUAACAGCUAUUACAUGCCUUUUUUGAAGCUUCUGCGGGUGGCUAUAAAAGGGCCCUAACUUGUGUAUUUCAGAUAACCUCUAUGGGAAUAACCAGAACGGCUAUUACUGCCACUCUCAGACCAGCCUGGACAGGGCGCCGCAUGACUACAAUGGCAGAAUCCGCAACGGCAGCGUCUACAGCGCUCACAGCACAAACUCAUUGAAUAACCCACAACACUACAUGCAGCCGUCGCCCAUGUCCUCCAACCCGAGCAUCACCGGCAGUGACGUCCUCCGGUCUGAUUACGUCCCGUCACACCGGCACAGUGCCCUUAUACCGCCUUCGUAUCGGCCUACCCCGGAUUACGAGACGGUGAUGAAGCAGCUUAACCGGGGAAUGAUCCACUCGGACAAGCAGAGCCACUCAAUGAGGAACCUUAACAUCGGCAACUCCUACGCCUACAGUAGGCCCGACGCCAUGGUUUAUAGCCAGCCUGAAAUCCGAGAACACGCCAAUUUUACCUCCCCUCAUUCUGGCCACUACCCAUUCAACCUGAAUUACAGUUUCCACAGCCAGUCGCCCUACCCCUAUCCUGCUGAAAGGCGCUUGGUGGUUGGAGCAGUGAGCGUCCCUGAACUGACGAACGUUCAGUUACAGGCCCAGGAGUACCCUGCGCCAAACAUCAUGAAGACUCAAGUGUAUCGCCCCCCUCCUCCUUACCCUCACCCGAGACCCGCCAACAGCACGCCCGACCUGUCUCGCCACCUCUACAUCAGCAGCAGCAAUCCGGAUCUCAUUACCCGGCGGGUUCAUCACUCGGUCCAGACGUUUCAGGAAGACAGUCUACCCGUUGCGCAUUCCCUCCAGGAAGUGAGCGAGCCCUUGACGUCAGCCCGGCACGCUCAGCUGCAGAAGAGGAACAGUAUUGAGAUAGCUGGCUUGGCCCACAACUUUGAGGCCAUGAGGAUUAAAGAGAGGACCAUGUCAGCAUCAGCCGCGGACGUGGCCCCUCCAAAGGUGAUACUUGCCAGCUCGCAGCCCACUGUCUUCUUGGAGAGGAUGAAACAAGAGGAAAAUGAGGAGCAAGAGGAAAACGGGAGCUAUGGGCAUAAGAAGUCUCUUUCAGAUGCCACUAUGCUGAUUCACAGCAGCGAGGAAGAGGAAGAAUUUGAAGACGAACACAAGGCCAAUGCAACCCUCUCUCCCUUCGUCAAUGGGAAACCCCAGCUUCCUUCUGUCAUGGGAUGCUAUCCUUCUGAGUCCUUACUGAACUACCCCUACAGCUCCGUCACUUCACAUCCGGGCCCUUUGCACAUACACGAACCCAAGUUGCAUAUUACUGAGACCGAGAAGAGAGUAAAAGAUGCGAGUCCUGCCCACAUCAUGGCUGACACUCAGGUACAGAGAAGAGGCGAUGGGCUGCUGACUCCGUCUGUGUCAGAGUCUGACUUAACAAUAUCUGCAAGGUACAGGGUGCGCAAGGAUUCCAUAAAGAAGAGGCCUGUGUCUGAAUUGCUUUCCGGGAAGAAGAACAUAGUGGAAGGGCUUCCUCCUUUAGGGGUGAGUUUCUCUAGACUAGGAUGUUCCUCUUUUGUCUUUCUAGACGCUUGUUCACACAUUACAUGGAACACAGGCAAGCAGUCUCUACGCAUGUACAAAUGUUUGCAUGGAAGCAUGUACGCUUGUCGAUUUGUGCAGGCCAACUGACUGUAUACAAUAUAUGCGUGCAUGUAAUGUGAGCUUUACAUAUGAAUAUGCCAUCGAGUGUUAAUAUGGUUAAUAGCUUCCAAACAAGCUAGGAUAUAAAGUCCGCUUCAAACAGUAACUUUGUGCCUUGACGUGUUUGGAAGCCAAUAACCUCUUUAAUUUCUACUUCAUAUUAAAGAUCUCCUGCCAACAUACAUGCUCAGCUGGCAUAAUGCUAAGGAGUCUCACCAUUUUGCUUGUCUUCUAGACUUUGAAAGGCUGGAUACUCUGGGUUGGGAAAUGUUACUUGCCUGCCAGUAAAAAACGUUCAAAUUUCUGGCAGCUAAAUGUUGAAAGGUAUUUGACAGGUUGUAUUUAGGGCUGUGUGUAUUCCACAGAAGUGCAGGAAAUCUGCAGAAUGUGAUAUUGGCUGAAAGGCAACAAUGCUUUGAAUACAUCUUUGUCUCAGAAACAGGAUCAAUUCUGCAAAACAGUAAAAAUUGCUGUGUCUACUGUGCAAAAUGAGAGUAGGAAAUCUGCUUCUUCUGUAGCAGAAUGUUUUUUGUCCCAUGCAUACCUUUGUAUAUGAAGUCAGGGGGCAGUAAAGAGAGUGUUUUUGUAAAGUGCUUUGACAGGCUAUUGUUAUUAAUUUACAAUCAAGUGGUAUAUAAAUUUUAUGAAAUAAGCAAACCAGGUGUUCCUUCACACUUUCCUCUUAAUUUCCAUUUGUCUAGUUCAGGAGUGGGGAACCUGUGCAGCUAGAGAUGGUUUGUUGCACUCCAACUCCCAUCAGCCACAGGGAUGAUUAGAGUUGUAGUUCAUCAACAUCUGGAAGGCCACAGAUUCCACAUUCCUGCUCUGUGCUAACUGAUUCCAGUUGUGCACAUUUAGGCUGUCCAAACCUCAUUGUAAGCCAAUGUGGUGCAGUACAGUGGUACCUUGGUUUACAACCAUAAUCUGUUCCAGAGGUCCGUUUAUAAACCAAAACAGGUUGUAACCCAAGGCGCACUUUCGCCAAUGGAGCCUCCAAAAAAAAUUUGUUCAUAAUGCAAAAAAAAUGGGCUGUAAUCCAAAAAAGGUUGCAAACCGGGACACACACUUCCGGGUUUGACGUGUUUGUAAUCCAAAACGUAUGCAAACCAAGACGUAUGUAAACCAGGGUACCACUGUAGUUAGAAUACUGAUGUUGGGGGAGGAAGACCUAGGUCCACGGUUUGGGCCAGUCACACAUACUAGCCUCAGCUGUAAAAACCUCACAGGGUUGUUUUUGUGAGUAUAAAUGAAAGCAGCAGGCACACAUCUGCUCACCCUGAGCUGGGAAAGAAGGGCAAGAAGAAAAUAAUAAAAGUCACUGGGACCUAUGCAACUUGGGUGCACGAUUUUGCUGUCCUGCACUAAUUUUUGGACUGUAGCCUGUGGCUGUUCAUGAAAGCCCAUUGUCUGCAACGAUCCUUUCUCCCUAAGGUCUGUUUAUCCUUCCUAUGAAGUUUCGAAAACUUGAGGAAUGAAGACAGACCAGGUGGAAAGAAUGUUGCUUUGCUACUGCAGUCUCUGUAGGGUUCUGUCGGCCAGAGGAGGCAAGGGCUGGCGGUUCUUCCCUUUUUGGGAUGAGCCCCCUCCGCACUCUGCCACCCACCCUAGCAAUUUCAUUUGAGCCAGGUUUCUGCUGCAGCACAUUGUCAGGUUGCCUUGUUUUCAGCAGGUCAUGAAAAAGAACAGAGCCGAAGCCAAAAAAAUGGGACCUUUGAAGUUAGCUGCUCUAAAUGGACUGACGUUAUCUCGGCUGCCGCUGCCAGACGAAGGGAAGGAGGAACCUGCCAGAGCAACAAACGAUGAACGGGUUGGUUUGAUGUUUUCUUUGAGCUGUAUGUUAAAAAGGUUUCAUAUUCAGUUCCCGUAGUUGCAGAAUCCUGGUUGCGCCAAGCAGAAGUUUUAUCCAAGUAAAGGCAUCAGGAUUUGGUUUUAUUUCUUCACCAAGUUUGGAAUAAAAGUGUCAGGUCCUUUUUAUUGCCGCUGGUUUUGUACACCUUCUUGGUCCAGCUCUGUGGUUUUGAGAUAUUGUAUUCCGCAGAUGUGUAGAGAAUGGCCAUGGGGGUCCUUAUGAAGCAGAAACCUUAAGUUGCGUUUGUGUUUUGGAUCUUAGUAUUAAUGAGCUGGAUGGUUGUUUUAAACAGAUUUUAUGCAUGUAUAUAGUUUUAAAUCUAUUACGUUGGUACCUCAGGUUAAGUACUUAAUUCAUUCCGGAGGUCCGUAAUUAACCUAAAACUGUUCUUAACCUGAAGCACCAUUUUAGCAAAUGGGGCCUCCUGCUGCUGCCGCGCCGCCGGAGCACGAUUUCUGUUCUCAUCCUGAAGCAAAGUUCUUAACCUGAAGCACUAUUUCUGGGUUAGCGGAGUCUGUAACCUGAAGCGUAUGUAACCUGAAGCAUAUGUAACCUGAGGUACUACUGUAAUGUUUAUCUGCUUUUUAAUAUUCUUUUUCUAUGUUCUUUGCGGUUCUUGUUUUUAUCUGUAAGUUGCCUUGAGUCAUGUCAAGAAAACAGGCAAGCUAUAAACAACAAUAAUAGUUUUAUUACAACCAGCAGCUUUUUAAUCAAUUUUUUGUGUGUGUGUGUUUGUGUGGUUUUUAAAAUUCUAUAAGCCUACUUGAGAGCACACCAUAUAAAGGCAACUUAAAAGGUUUUUUUGGGGGGGGGGUUAAAAAAUAGAGCACGCACACAGAGGCAGACAUCUGCUGAAAAACAAUAAAACGUGUUCUUUCUUUCUAGUGUAAAGGUCUGGAACAAGGGUUGGAACAAGGGAUGGUGUUUACAGAAUAUGAGCGGAUCCAGAAGAAAAGGCUUCUGGAUGGGGACUGUUCAAUUGCCCGCCUUCCAGAAAACGCAGAAAGGAACAGGUUUCAGGAUGUGCUUCCUUAUGACGACACCCGAGUAGAGCUGGUCCCUACUAAAGAAAACAAUACGGGUUAUAUCAAUGCAUCCCACAUUAAGGUGAGCUCAAGAAGUAAUGGGAAUGUUUUCCAGAAUGAUUUAUUUCACCUAUCUGUGAUCUUUCUUGUGCAACGCUUUUUAAAAAUUAAAAGUCAAAGCAUGCCACAGGCUUAUUUAACUGGAUGGCGUUAGGGAUGGUGCAGAGGAGCAGGAGCACCGGAGAAUGUUACUUUUCUUAGUGGACAAAAGGAACUGAUAAAACAUCUGCUGUACAUCCAACAUGCCACUUGCCAUCAUUUAUUUUCUGUAAGGCUAGCCAGAAAAAAGAGCCUACAUUCUUUGCAUUUUCUGAUCCUUUUGACUUAUCCUACCUCAGAGCGUAUCUAUCAAAAAGUAGGUUUUAGCUUAGAGCCUUUUGCUUAUUCUCAGUAGGGAUUAUCUUGGAAGUUGAUCUUUUCAGAAUCUCUGUCAUUGAACUAACUCAGUGCAGGCCCAUAUUAUGAAUUCAUCACAGGCCUGGGCCCUACCAUAAAGCAGACUGAGGCAGCUGCCUCAGGAAGCUGAUUUGAGGUAUCCUGAAAGGGUAACAAUUUUUAGUUAUCUGAUUUACUAUUUUUCUAUUUUUCACUGGCAGAGAGGGGCAGUUGUGGAUUUUUUUUGUCUUGGGUGCCAGAAACAAAACCUAGGCCGGCCUUGCAUACAAUUCUCUUUGACUUGGGGGCACCUUUUGCUGUUUUGCCUCAGGCAGCAAAAUGUCUUGAGCUGGGCCUUCUUAUCAGACAACCUUCCUUCACUCUGAAGUGAUCUGAGGCGUAUUAUGAUACUGCCUGAGGGUUAUGGCUCUGCCAAGCAUAUUUUGAGCUUUCUAGUUGCCGUGAAGGUGACAACAGUCAAGGAAGAGGCCCUUACCUGUGUUCUCUUCUCAUCAUUAUGAUACGCUGGGGUGGUAUGAAUUGUCUAUUUUGGGGAUUAAAUGUGAAGAGAGGAAAUAAUAUGGCAGGAACCAAAGGUAUACAGCUUGAUCUGUGCUUACUGACUUCUACCUCUCCAUUUUUAAAUCAGAGGGUGAUAUCUAAUGUUUACCAUGCUCUGACAAAUCCAGUGAAAUUAAUAGCUUAAGUUACUUAGGUCUGUUGAUUUUAGUGGGUCUGCUCUGAGUAUGGCAAACACUGGGUAUUUCCCAAAACCAUAGAAUUUUAGAGUUGGAAAGGUACCCAAGGGUCAUCUAAUCCAACCGCCUGCAAUGGAAGAAUCUCAGCAAAAACAUCCAUGACAGAUGGCUAUCCAACCUCUGCUUAAAAACCUCCAAGGAAGGAGAGUCCACCACCUCCUGAGGGAGUCCAUUCCACUGUCAGAAAGUUAUUCCUGACGUUUAGUCAGAAUCUCCUUUCUUGUAACUUGAAGAUAAUGAUUUGAGUUCUACCCCUGGAGCAGGAGAAAACAAGCUUGCUCCAUCUUCCAUUAUUUUAUUUUAUUGAAUUGAAUUGAAUUGAAUUUAUAUACCUCCCUAUACCCAGAGGUCUCAGGGCGAUUCACAGAAUAUGGCUGUUCCAUGUGACAGCCCUUGAGAUAUGUGAAGAUGGCUAUCCUAUCUCCUCUCAGUCUCCACGUUUCCAGGCUAAACAUACCCAGCUCCUUCAACCGUUCCUCAUAAGGCCUGGUUUCCAGACCUGUUGCUGCUGUUUUCUUUCAAGUCUUACAAUUCCCUGCAUCAUUUUUUCUAUUUCUUUUUCUUAGGUCUGCGUUGGGGGCAUGGAAUGGGAUUAUAUUGCUACCCAAGGUCCUUUGCAGAAUACAUGCCAAGAUUUCUGGCAGAUGGUGUGGGAGCAAGGGGUUGCCAUUAUAGCCAUGGUGACUGCAGAAGAGGUGGGUACUUGCGACACUUCUGGGGAGGGAAGAAGCUUGGAAACUGCUGUCUUCAUAGCCCUGACUCUGAACGACCUUCCUCUGUGCAAGAGCAUAAUAAACAUGAAGCGACUUGGUUAUGUAUGAAUGUACUGUUGGAAACUGGCCCCCUCGGGAAAGGCUGGCUCCUCUUCCCAGGCACUCGGGGCCUGUUGCCAAUGAUCUACCCUGGCUGGUUUCCAGACAGACCAGGGAGGUCUUGAAUAAGUGACACCUCCCUCCGGAGAGGUGCACACUCCCUUCCCCCUUGCAUGGCAGCAGGAGAAAGAAAACAGUCUGAAAAAGUAGUCUAUUUCAUUCUACUUUUAUUCCUGGACUGUACACUGUACAAAGCAUGACUUCUCUCUCAGAAACCUCCGAGCAACUGACUAACUCCUCCUGUACAGGAACAACAGGAAGGUUUCAUAUUACACUGAGAACACAACUCUGAGAACAUCUUGGAACUUCCUGUCUCACGCUCAGACCCAUCAUGUGAUGUAAACAUCGAACUGCUUGUUCGCAGCUGCUGAGUACUCAUAUUACAACAUGUACCAACCAAAGGAACAUGGGAGGCUAACUUAUACCAAGGCGGACCAAUGGUCCAACUUUCUCAGUAUUGUCCACACUGACUGACCACAGUUCUCCAGAGUUUUCUCCCAGUUAAGAACAUAAGAAGAGCCUGCUGGAUCAGGCCAAUGGCCCAUCUAGUUGAGCAUCCCGUUCUCACAGUGGCCAAACAGUUGCCUGUGGGAAACCUGCAAGAGGGAUUUGAGCCUUAGAGCACACUACCCUCCUGUGGUUUCCAGAAACUGGUAUUCAGAAACAUGGCAGAGCACAGCCAUCAUGGCCAAUAGCCACUGAUAGUCUUAGCUGUACUUGGGGAAGCCAGGGUUUGAAGCUGGGCCAUUCUCCAUGCAGAGCAGACCCACUGCCUCUGAGGUAUGGCCCUUUCCUUCCAGUCUAAUUUUGACUGACCAGGUCUGACAGGGCAGUGUAGAAGGGCCCAUGUAGUUUAGUGGCUAGCAGGGAAAUCUAGCUUCAAAUCUUCACUCCCUGGGUGACUUUGGGACAUGCCCCUCUUUAACAGCCCCAGCAUACCGUAUUAGCCUGAAUAUAAGCCGCACCCACAAGUAAGCUGCACCUUUAAAAUUUAAGGGGGGGAAAGGAAAGAAAAAGACAAUACCGGAAUAUAAGCCGUUCUCUUAAAAUUGGGUUACAGGCUGAAAAUCGCUGCGGUUGGUAGAAUUGUAACUCCAAACCAAUUUAAGCCUUUGAUCUUGCAAACCCACAAGUGUUACCGUGCAAUUGCUAAAAUUGCAAAUUGCUAUUCAAUUGCUACAAUUCCGCAGGCACUCAAGCUCGCAAAUUGGCAAUACAGUGGUACCUCAGGAUGCGAAUGGGAUCCGUCCCGGAGCCCCGUUUGCAUCCUGAAUAGAACGUAAGACGCGUCUGCGCAUGUGUGGGUCGCGUUUCGCCGCUUCCGCACAUGCACGUGACGUCAUUUUGACUGUCUGCGCAAGCGACGCAACCCAAAAAUACUUGUCCUGAAGCGUAUUUAUCCUGAGGUAUGACUGUAAAACAUUUUUUUAUUCUGCUUUACCGUAUGUCUGUUUCAGCAGCGAUAUUGCAAAAGCAAUUUUUUGGUAAGGUCGCGAAUACAAGCCACACUCUAACUUUUCACUGUCAGAAUUUGGAAAGAAAGUGUGGCUUAUAUUCGGGCCAAUACGUUACCUCACAGGAUCGUUGUGAGGUUGGAAUGAAGGGGGAGGAAGAGGCGGGAUCUAAAUUUCGAAAAUAAUAAACCACAAGUCCUUUUUGAAACAACAAUGUUUCUGUGGAAGGGCACAUGGGAGCUUUCUGUUGACGAAGCUUAAUGUUUCCAGGAGGGAUGCCGAGAGAAAAGCUUCCGAUACUGGCCGCGGCUUGGCUCGAGGCACAACACGGUGACGUACGGGAGAUUCAAGAUCACCACCCGAUUCCGAACGGACUCUGGCUGUUACGCCACGACAGGCCUGAAGAUCAAGCACCUCCUCACGGGGCAAGAGAGAACAGUUUGGCACCUUCAGUACACAGACUGGCCGGAGCACGGCUGCCCAGAGGACGUAAAAGGGUUUCUUUGUAAGUGUUUCCGACGGGUUUUCUUGUCUUUUGUUGUGGUAAAUGAAUCCUUUCUUGGGAACUAGGUGUCAAGAGAUGUUAUGGAAAUAUCUUUUGUGGCUAGAAGUACCCUGCUCCCAUCUGCCAAGUAAAGAAUUUGCACUGUUUUUGCUUUGCCCGCUUUUGCUCAAGUUUUGGUGUGAUCUGGGCAUGGUCUUGAAAAGCACAUAAUAAGGCAAGCGUCCUGAAAGGGCCAAAUGCUGGCCAGGGCACAACCUGGGAAUGCUCCUGUGUUCUGCCAUGAGCUCUUUUGAAGAAGGAAGGGAUAGAAAUAAUUUUUGGGGGGUGGCAGCAGAUCAGAUGCCACUCCAUGGGGAGAACAAACCAGAGUCAUAACCUCACAAACAAACCAGAGCCAGUAUGGUAUAGUGGUUAAGAGCAGGGGAUUUAUCAUCUGGUGAACUGGGUUCAAUUCCCCGCUCCUCCGCAUGCAGCUGCUGGGUGACCUUGGAUCAGUCACACUUCUCUGAAGUCUCUCAGCCCCACUCACCUCACAGAGUGUUUGUUGUGGGGGAGGAAGGAAAAGGAGAUUGUUAGCCGCUUUGAGACUCCUUCGGGUACUGAUAAAGCAGGAUAUCAAAUUCAAACUCUUCUUCUUCUCACCAUGGAGACAGCCCUUCCUGUGAGCUUCCCGACUACAAAUCCUCACGGGGACUGGAAGUAAGGCCUCCCCACCAUCUCCCGAUCUUAAGGAUUAAUUGAGUUGGUUGGUAUUGGAGUUGAGGUGCUGCCGCAGAUACUUGGGCCUUGAGCCAUUUGGGGCUUUAUAAUCCAUUAGCAGCAUGUGGAGUUGGGUCUGGUAGCUUAUAAGCAUCUUUAAGGAAUGGCAUUGCAUUCUGAGUGGACGUGUCUCAUUUGCCCUGUCUGCUACCCUGACUUACUUGGCUGCCACUUUCUGUACUUGGUUGCGUUGUUGCCUAGUUUAAAUAAUUUCUCUCUUCUUUCUUCUUUUCUGUUGGAUCUGACAGCAUACUUGGAAGAGAUACAGUCAGUCCGGCGCCAUACAAACAGCACUGCGGACCCCACAGCCCCCAACCCUCCCCUGCUGGUGCAUUGCAGUGCUGGCGUUGGGAGAACUGGCGUAGUCAUCUUGUCGGAGAUCAUGAUUGCCUGCUUGGAGCACAAUGAGGUUAUUUCUUGGCCUUUUAAAACUCUGGCGCGUGUGUUGGGGAGUUUGUUGGGGUGGGUCCACACUCUGGCGCGUGUGUUGGGGAGUUUGAUUGGGGGGGUCCACAGAGCAGGGGUGGGGGUAGCCAAUUCCCCUCCCAUGUGGUGAUGUCAAGGAACAGCACUAGGGGUUGCUGGUGAACCCUUAAAGCUGCUGUAGUGUUGGUAGUUGCCACAAGAUGUCAUAUUUAUACACACAAUUUUUUCCUGUUCAUCAUCCCUGUCCUGCCGCGAAGUAACAAAGCCUACCAAUUGCUUCACCAAAUUUUGCAUUCUUGGAGAUGGGAGCUUUAACAGAGCGUGAUCUGGCAGGGAUCAAAGACAAGGAGCAUUAAUGAAACUCAUCCCAGUUCUAGCAAUCUGGGAAUGACUAACUUUAUGCCAAAGGUUUCAAAGCAUACUUUUCACCACCUUCUAUUAUUUACAGUCUAUGUACACAAUAUGCAUAGUGCUGCACAACAAAACUCAUUGAAACUAAUUUCUUCUGAGAAUAUUAUUUAAUUAAAUUUGUAUACCGCCCUUCAUCUGUAGAUCUCAGGGCAGUUCAUAGCAUUGGAAGGACGGUUUCCUGUCCUCUCCUCUCCACCUGUGACACCUCCCUCCCCCCAAAAAAAUCCUGGGUUGAGGGAAAUGCCGGUAGGAAGAAGAGAUGAGAAGCAUCUCUUUAACAUGUCUUAGGGUACCACUCUAUGGGCAAUUCCCUGUCAUACCAUUCCCCUCUGGGCCUCCAGAAAGGCAUUUUGGAGCAUACAGCAAGGGCAAGAAGGGGACAUGAAUCUUUCCUUCCAUUCACUUCCUUAGGUUAACUGAUCCCCAUGCUAAAGUCUGUAAAUGUGCCUGUCUGUCUGUCUGGGGCAGAAACCUAUAGACUUGCAGGCAUGGUGAUUCUCCAUUCUGAUCUUUCUUUUGCAGCCACUGGACAUCCCAAGAAUGCUGGAUAUGUUAAGACAGCAAAGGAUGAUGAUGGUGCAGACCUUGUGCCAAUACACGUUUGUCUACGGAGUCCUCAUCCAAUUCCUUAAGAGUUCGAGGCUUAUAUAAACCUUCCUUACUCCGUUUCCUAAGUCUCGCUGUUUGCAAGAGUUUACAAAAGCAGUUUUGCCUUCCGCCGGGGCAACCUUUCUGGCUUGGUUUGAAGAUGCUGAGUGCAAGUCCAGUGACUUCGCUGGUUUCUGCAGAGCAAGACUUUGGGGUGGAUGGAUUUUCUUCUUCGUGUGCAGUUGGAACAAGAAAGGAAUGAGAGUGUGUGUGUGUGUGUGUGUGUGUGUGUGUGUGUGUUUAAAUAAUGUGCUGAUAUGCAGUGCUUUUUGUGUACUUCUGACACUGUGUGACUGUAGGCAAAAUAAGUGUGGAUCCUACCAAGACAUCACCAUUUUGAAAACCAAGGAUGGAUGAUUUUUAAUUCUUUUUUUUAAAGCCCGCUUUUAGAAUGAAGAGAGGAAAAACCCUGAAACUAUAUUCAUGUAUAUGUUUAGAUACAUCAUGUGGGAAAUACAUGUGCCCUGCAAACUGAGAGCAGUAAGCUAUGUAUACUCAGAACAGACCCAUUGAAAUCAGUCUGUUAUUUCUGUGAGUUUUCUCUGGGUAUGACUACAUUGGCUACCACCCUGAAGUUACAAAACUGCAUCACUGUGCUUUGAAUUUUGUAUUUAAAUCAGUGCUAAUAUAUAUAUAUAUAUAUAUAUAUAUAUAUAUAUACUUUAAGACGCUCAUGAAAUGUACAGAUUUCAUAUUGGAACCAGCAUUUGCAAGAAGAUGGCACUUAAAGCAGUUACUUUUUUGUACUUAAUUUUUUCUUUUGUAUUAUUCUAAAAACUCCCAAUAGCGCAAUAUUUCAGAGUAUAUAAUAUGUAAGGGGAAAAGAAGGGGUUUGAGUCCGCUGGUUUAUAAUGUGCAGAGGGAAGUGGGAAGAAAUGGGAAGUGACAAUGACACGUACAGUUUGAAGUGUCAUAAAAUGAGCAAGAACAGUGUCUGUUUUGAAAGAAUGCUAGGUUUAAAAAACGAAGAAGUAAGGAGGAAUGGUUACAGCUGGCACUUUUUCUUUUCUUUUUAAAGCUAAGAAAAGGAGAAUGCUUUUUGCUUACAGUUCUAGGCCAAAAGGGGAAAAAAGGCACUGCCUUUUUAUGCUAUGUAGCUCCCAGAAGCUCCAAAAUUAAUGAAGUAUAUCCUCAGUAUUAUUCUUUUAAAAAUAUAUGUAUUGAAAACUGGUUGCUACUACUGGUUGAAAUCAAGGUGGAUGCAGGUGAAAUUGAAGCACUCUCUUGGCUCUUAUUUAUCUAGGGAAACAUACUAGUAUGUUUUAAGUGGUUAACAUGCCCAUUACUAAGUCGUUUUUACUUUUUGUUUUAGAAAAAGUUUUUAAAGAUGGAGUCAGUGAGUGAGAGGAACGUGUAUGUGAGAGUGGGUUACUGGUUUACAUGCUUCAGCAGAGAGGCUGCAGUAUUAACCCUUCUAGUUUUAUGUCCCCCUGUCAAGGAAAUCAAAAAGUAUCUUAGGUUCAUAGUCUAUGCUAUGGCAGCCUGUUUCCUUUCCUUUCCUGGGUCACAGCCCUUCAGUGAGGUUGAAAGGAGAUAGGAAGGAAGGAGUAUGCCUUUUGAUGGGUCUACAAUCACUUGCAGAACCAGAAACGGCAAAUGUUCUAACUGGAUGGCUAUGGAAGGCAUACAAAAGUAACAGGUUUCCCAUAAUUGCUUAAAAUGGAGAGGUGCUCAUUCUCUCUACAGGCACUUACACCGUAAACUUAUUUUAUUAAGUAAAUAAGCUGUUUCAAAGCACCUCUGGCUGUGCUUUUGGGAUUGUGGUGAGCUCUUUAGUCAGGAAUUAAAUUGAUCCAUGUGUGAGGUACAUGUCUCUAGGUAUUAUUUUUCUUCUCUUGAAUUUUGACUGCGCCUGUCCUUGCUGUGUACAACCCCCAGUGAGAUGAGGUUAAACUACUGUCCAAAGAGGUUUAUGGCAAACCUUGAAGAAUCUCAUUAGGUCUCGUGUCAUGUUUUAGAGCUGCCCUGAGAGCAUUGGGCUGAAAACUUUGGCUGCUUUCGAUAUCACUGAUGCUAAUUUACACUGUGUAGACUCAGUUAUGUUGGUCAUUUCUCUGUUUGAAGUCAGUCUGGAUGAGCCAGUUUUGCUGCCAGCCUUUAGCUGUUGACCACCAACGGCAGUUUCUGCAAGUUUUGAGUUUGUGGCAUUUGGGCUGAAUUCCUUGACUCAGCGUUUUAUUCAUAGAUUCUGGAAAUGUAGCAUUUUUUUCAAGAGAGCUUUCCCUCAAGCCGGGUCCCAUAUGUCAACAUUGAAAGGUGGGAUGAGUUUAGGCAGGGAAAGCAGCACAGAGGGGUUUGGAACUGUUCUGAAUGCACAAUAUGGCAGUCAGAAGGGCUGUCUUCUUACGUGAAGUCAAGAGACCAUAGAGCAGGGCUGGAUAACCAAGGGCCCUCCAAAUGUUGAACUACAGCUCCCAAAGUCUCUGCCCAUUGGCCAGACAGCUUGUGCUGUUGGGAACUGUAGUCCGGCACCAUCUGGAGAGCCAUCAAUCUCACUAUAAAUAUUUUAAUAUUUUGCUUUUAAUUUUCUGAUUGAGUUUCCUCUCUUGGUUGUAUCGGAUGUUCCCUGGAGAUGUGGUUUGGCGCAAUAGUUUCUGUAUAAUGGGGCUGAGACUCUGUUCAUCUAGUUGCCUUACUUGCACAGCACAAGGAGGAAGGGAGGGCCCUGCUUUGGCUGCGUAACUAAGCAUGCCCUCUGAUAUGUGCAGUUCAGAAACACCUUAUGGUGCAAUAUUGCACUGUCUGCGCUAAGCACAACACAGAGAAUCACAGAACUCUAGUCUCUUACCAAUGGAGGCUCAAGUCUCUCCCUGCAGCAAGCCUAUUGCCCUGCAAACCUUUGCUUAGAUUGCGUGGCAAGUUGCUUUUGAAAACUGAGGAAACUUCAGAAGUGGUUUGGGAUGGAAAAAUAGGAGGUGCAAGGUAGGGGUGGGGAGUUUGAAUAUGUACAAGACUUUGGGAUGGGAAAGGGAGUUGUCCAAGUGUGUCUCUUACUUCAGUUUCCUUGGUUUUCCUCUGUCUCUGUACAGUCAAACGUUUUGGGAUGGGCAGAAAUGCAAGCUGUAAUGGUGAAUGUUUUCGAACUCCGGCAAGAGCAAAGAGCAUUCUUGCUGCGAAAGGACAAGGGGGGUUGUUUCUUCCUCACUUAUCCUGAACUGGCCUUUUCAAUUAUUCUGAUUUCCUUGAAGCUGCAUUGCGUAUCUCAAAAAUGCUAAAUCAGUGAACUUGAAUCAAAGUGGUUUGUUUGUUUGUUUGUUUGUUUUGGUAUGUGUAGCCAAAACGUACGUUGACAUGAUGCUGUCUUGUGAAGUGAAGAAUGUGCCACAAUUUCCCACCCCCAAAAAGACCUGUGGUGCUAAAUGAGGUAGUGUUUGACCCAGUUACUACAGAUUAAGCAAGACAUAGAAAACUGGUUUGUGUGUGAGAGAGAUAGAGAUCUGCAGCUGCUUUAGUCACGCUAAACUCCCUCUUGAAACGGCUUGAAAAGAAAAUCUUCUAAAUGAAUAAAGGGAAGUUGCAUGCCAUCUUAUUUCACUGGAAUGUCCCAAUAUGCGUCGAGGGUGUUUGAAACAAUCUAAACGGAACCUUAAGGAAGAUUCUGGAAGGAAAAUGACCAGUCAGGUGAUCUAAGGCAUUUUCUUACUAAAGGUAAGAUAACUUUUGUCAAAACAGGUAUGUGAGGUUCCUUUUCUUGAACGGCUCUUCGACCCAAAACUUAACUUUGCUGCUGGCUUAAUCUAGGUAGGAUGUGAGUCUGUGUUCAUUUGCUCCUACUGUGGAAUUGCCCUCCCCCCCCAAAAAAAAAUAUAUCCAAUUUUCAGCUGCUCUUGUCAUGUUUCUAUGUAGGGGCUGCAUGGGUAAGGCAAAUGAUGUUGUUUGUUCCCACACCAGUAUUGUGCUUGCUGUGGGAAGGAACCAUGUCUUGUGCAUGAUCCUUCCAUGUUGCUGGACUCUCAGCUCGCAACAUUUCCAGCUAACAUAGCCAUUGGUCAAGGAUGAUGGGAGUUUCAGUCUACCAGCAUCAUUAAAGGCACUCCUGAUCUGCACGAUUCCACCAUAGUGGGGAGACGUGAGACUGGACCACAUAGAAGCAGUUCCCAUGCCAUUCUGGAAAUGUGUGACUCUGUCUAGGGCUAGAAGCUUGUCGGGGAGCGGGGUUGACCUUGCAAGGUUGCCUGAGAUUGGGAGACUUCAACAUCUCAUUGGCCUUAAUUGGGUGUUCAGAUAUAAUUGUAUGUGAGUGAAAGAUGCUGGAUUUUGGGCUUUGUUUCCACUUCUUGUUUUUUUGUGCCAGUAUACAGGGAUUUAUAAAUUUCUUUCCUUUAACAGUAGCACAUGUCUCCUACUCAAGUAUUAUUUUUCUAGCAUCGAGCUAAAGGUUUUUUUUUUUAAGUUUGCUCUGCUUUGUGUCUCUCUCAAUCAGUACUGUAAAAAAUGUAAAAUUUCUUCAGCUUUAAACCUUGUACAAUUGAAAUGGGGUUUGUAAAACAAUGUACAAAUUGUAUUUGAUAGACAAAAAGGCUUGUUUUUCUUUGAUAUGUAAUAUAUGUGAAAUGAAUUAUAUCAUAGUCUAUUUUUGCCAUGGAAAUAAAUAUUUGAAGCGCUUACAU